GAGGGGGUGGGGGCGGUAGAGAUAGCACAAAUAAAGUUGCUAAAUGCUGUUAAGGAUCUCUUUUAAUUCAGUAAUGACAAUUUGACUUAAGAUCAUUAAUAUUGAAGUAUAUGUGAAAGCUGUUUCAAAUGAGUCUGAGGUAUUACUGUUGUAUUAUUUAUAUUAUUGAUGUUACGUUAUUGUUAUUAUUUUGCAUCUCUCUAUUUCUUGGUUCCAUAAUAUGGCUUUGAUGGGGUGGGCUGAUUUCUACUCAGUAUGGUGUAUUAGGGAACCCUGGUGGCACAGUGGUUAAAGUGCUUGCCUGCUAACUGUAAGAUCAGCUGUUUGAACUCAUCAGCUGCUCUGCAGGAGGAAAAUGUGGCAGUCUGUUUCCAUAAAGAUUUACAGCCUUGGGGGGUUUGGGGACCAUAGUGUCAGGGGACAUCUAAGUCAACUGGCAUAAUAAAAUCUAUUAAGAAAACAUUCUGCAUCCCACUUUGGAGAGCGGCGUCUGGGGUCUUAAAUGCUAGCAAGUGGCCAUCUAAGAUGCAUCAAUUGGUCUCAACCCACCUGGACCAAAGGAGAGUGAAGAACACCAAGGACACAAGGUAAUUAUGAGCCCAAGAGACAGAAGGGGCCACAUAAACCAGAGACUACAUCAGCCUGAGACCAGAAGAGCUAGAUGGUGCCCAGCUAAAACCGAUGACUGCCCUGACAGGGAACGCAGCAGAGAACCCCUGAGGGAGCAGGAGAGCAGUGGGAUGCAGACCCCAAAUUCUUAUAAGAGCAGACUUAAUGGUCUGACUGAGACUAGAAUGACCCCAGUGGUCAUGGCCCCCAGACCUUCUGUUAGCUGAAGACAGGAACCAUUCCCAAAGCCAACUCUUCAGACAUGGAUUGGACUGGACAAAGGGAUAGAAAAAGAUGCUGGCAAAGAAUGAGCUUCUUGGAUCAAGUAGGCACUUGAAACUAUGCUGGCAUCUCCUAUCUGGAGGGGAGAUGAGAGGCCAGAGGGGUUCAGAGGCUGGCGCAAUGGACACGAAAAGAGAGAGCAGAGAGAAGGAGUGUGCUGUCUCAUUAGGAGUAUAUAGCAAGGUGUAUAUAAAUUUUUGUAUGAGAGACUGACUUGAUUUGUAAACUUUCCAUUAAAGCACAAUAAAAAUUUUAAAAAAUUACAGCCUUGGAAACCCUAUGGGGCAGCUCUACUCUGUCCUAUAGGGUCACUAUGAGUCGGAAUUGAAGGCAGUGGGGUUGGCUUGGUUUUUGUGGUGCAUUAAUAAUGGCUAAGUGCUUUGAGGUGAGGACAGUACCUUAUUUGUUGUCCCUUUGGGCUAACAAUCUUAUAAAAGUAGGUGUUUGGUGUGUUUGUUGAAUAAAUAAGUUAUGCUCUACGUUUCAUUUACAGAGAAGUUGACCAUCUGGAAACAAAUGGCAAGUUUUGAAAAUAAAUCUCUCUUUGAAGGGGAGUACUACCCCCGGAGUGCGUAGGGCCAGAGCACCAGAGAUUGAGUCACCUGGGAGACAUUACCGUAAGGUGUCUGGAUGAGCCUGCGAAACUGUAAUGGAGGUGAAAUAAAUUUAUGCCUGGGAAUAAAACAGUGAGGGUCAAAGCUGAAGGUCACUGAGAGAUUACCUCAGAUGGAUGGAAAUCUGGAGCUUAAAGGCACAGGAUGCAGGUCAAGCAAUCUAGGACUUCGCCCUGUAAACGGACUCCCUAUCCCCAAGGGGCGGCCUGCCUGGGGAUUUGUGCUGGGCUGGCUGGCUCUAAUGGACUCAUUGAAAGCUGGUCUGGGUGUAAUUGCUAUACAAAUGGGCGUUGUGUAAGAAAGAAAAAGUCUGGCAUCUGGAAGAAGAAAGAAAGUGGACCCAUUUUCUGUAUCAUCUACAUUAGAUAAAAACUUCUUAUCCAGGUUGGCAGUGUUUUAUGUGUUUGCCCCAACUGAGGCCUGUAGCUCACAGACCUGACAGUAUUAUAGGAUCAGUAUAAUAAUUCCUGUUGUUCUGCUGACUUGGGUAUUCACUGAGGGAUUAUUUGGGAGACAGACCUGAAAAGCAAUUAUAUGGAAAGUGCAGUAUGCUGGUUCUCCUUGAAGGGGGUUGCUGAGAGGGAACUUUCUGGGAGCCUCUCCAGUGUCUUGGCAUACAUACUUUCCUCCUGAUGUCUUACGGCGUGUGGUAAUAUUUCUUCCCAGUUUUUAGUCAGUCCAUCACUUUGGGGCCUCUUUAGGUAACAUCCACAAAUAUUUUGGAGCUUGCUCUUUUAACCACCAUUCUUUCUAGCUUCUCAGUUUGUUUUGGCCUGGUCUAGGGAUUGGCAAGAUGGGAGUGGUGCAGGGGAAUGACUGAGACUUUUGUUCCUUAAAAGAUGGCUUUUCUCAGUUGAUUUCCGUCAAGAUAUCUGAGUUGUCCUCCUGGGGUGGAUCUAAAAGAGUUCACGAGGCAUACUCCUCCCCACCCUGUUCUUGACCUCCCCUCACCCCAUCUCACCCUGUUCUCCCCAAUGCGAGAAAGUGUGUUCGUGGCCAUCUCCACAUGAUGGCCUCUGUGCCCUCAGCCAUGGAAUGCUGACUGUUUACAUGGGGUUUGCUGAGAGCCAAGUUCAGGAAACAAGCUCUGUUGGUGCCAGGCCAAGUGCCCAUCUAGCAUAGCUGCUCUGGUUUCACUCAUGAUCCAAGCUGGAGCACAGUCUCCAAGUUGAAGAAAGCCAAAGAGUGGUUUGAAAAGGGACCAGGAACUUUGGACUUUAUUCUUAGCUACUAGAGCAGAAUUCGGGUCCACCAUAAGUCAGCACUUUCUGUUUUCUGAUGAGCAGGCUGGCCUGGUUGAUUCUUGGUUAUAUGGCUCAUCUGCUGCCACAUCGGCCUCUUGGAAGCUGCUGCCUUUGCACUUCCACAAUCUACCCCCUUCCUGGCGCACAUGGAGUUUUCUAACUUACUGUAUGAUCUGCCCAAAAGAAAACAAAAAAAUGCAUGAAUUCCAUGAAGACCUAAAACUUCCCAUGUUGUGAGAUCUAUUAUUUCUUGUCAUUGAAGAGGUUGUUUUGUGAUUCCAGCGCAGAGAGUUUUUAGGUAGAGGGUAUUUUUCUUUCCUCCCCACCCCCCGCCCAGUGUUUCGUCAGUUAUUCUUACACUGCCUAUAGGCGCCAAUGGAUUUCUCUAAUAAAAGUGCUUCAAUAUUUUCUUUCUGGUGAUAAGCAAUCAGCAGAGUAUUCAUUCUCAUCAUUUUCCAAAGCAGCUGGCUGUGGCUAUGUUUCUUUGCUAUGCUGAUACCAUCACACAAAUGAUUAAUUUCUGAAGAGUGGUAGAAAUCAGGCCUAGGUUGACCAGAUGUACCAAAUGGAUAAGAGAAUUUUUGCUCAUCUGGCAUGAUCUCUCAAAAGAGAGGGGAAAAAGUUAAGAAAAAAAGAUAAUCUUACCAGAAAAAUAAGAUAUCCUGUUAUCUUGGGUAAACUAGCAUGUAGAAAAAUAAAGUGUUAUGCUACUGUUUCUGUUAGGAACAGGAUCUGAAUCUACAGAACAGACUGCCCUGAGGCCUCUGAUCCUCCCAUUUUAGGGUACCAGUGAUGGUGAAAGAUAUCAAGCCUAUUGAUUAGGAAGGGGAUUCUUCUCUUCUUGCUUCUGUCUUUACUCCUUGCAAAAGAAGGACAGUGUAUUUUCUCAAAAAAAAAAGAUUAGAGCACUAAGCAAAUACAUUAAUAAAGAAAACAAUCCAUUUAAAGGGAGAAUGGCCACUCUAAUCAAAUACUGUUUCAAAUAUGUGGCAAAGCUUUUUAUCUCUGGCUCAAAAAAAAGGAAAACAUAAUUUGUUUUAAGAUGUUUAUAUGCGUACAAGCAUGCACUCAGACAUGCAUGUGUGGGGAAAGAGGGAUCUCCUUAGGGUUUUCUCAUUACUGAAGUUAGUUCAUGGGUCUUGGCCCACAUUUCUUCAGUCUUUCAAAUUUUUGGUGGAAAGGCAUCCCCUUUUAUGUCUCAGAGGGGUUGGAAUUUUUAGAUUUUUGGACUCUUUCUUGCUUCCAGUAUUAUCUGGAUUUGAAACAGAAUUGAGAAAGGCAAGUGUCUGUUAGUCUAAAAUCACCCUCAAAGACCAGACUAGUUGGCACCAGCAUCUCUAGAACACUUCCCAGAACCAUGGAGAGCAAUCAGCAAACACUUUGGUAUGCCCCGCUGAGCGGAUGUGACUCUCAGACCCAAUUCAAAAAAACCAAAACCAAACCCAUUGCUGUCCAGUCAAUUGCGACUCUUAGUGACCCUAUAGUCAGUGCAUGAGAAAUACUGCAUUUUAUUUUCGUUAAAUCAACUGAAAUCAAACACUACAUGCCUAAUCUUCUGUAUUGAUUAAAUUUGCUGUUACUGGGAUUUCUUCCCCUGACCCCAGUCAUGCAAAUUUCCCUGGCUCUUAGACAGUGCCCAUGUAUCCAGAGACCUCUCCUUAUCACCAGUCCCACCCUAGUCCACCCUAUUUAACUGAGCCAUGCAGUCUCCCAAAACCAAAAACCCACUGCCAUCGAGCCGAUUUUGACUCAUGCAGUCUCCCAGCACCCAUAUAUUCCUUUCUGGUUCAGUGUUUCUCAAGAAUCCUGAAGGAAUCUUGAAAUGGGCCAGGAGCCCAGUAAGGGGUCCAACCUCCCUAGAGCAACAUUCCGCCAUCCCUUCUGAGGUAGGUCCUCACCGCACUGACUUUCCUUCUCUGUCAGCUGAAGGGCUCAACACUUUUUUGUUUGUUUUUUUCUUCUCAUUCCAUUGUCCUAUGUUUCCUCUGAUUCACCAGUCUAAAUCCUAAUACUCUCCCCACCAGAAGUCUUCCCUGAGUGCCUGGCUUUCACAUGAUGUCUGUUGUCCUUCUCUUUGUCUUGUCACUCCACUCUAUGGUUAGCUGCGGACAGAUUGAAUCAUAAUAUACCCAGUAACUAGUUACUAAAUUAAACUGUUUAAAAGCAUUAAUUUGAAGUUCUAGUCCCUAUUGGCCCUUUUGCAACAGUAGCCACUAGUCCUCAUACUAAAUAGCAAGUCAGCCCCAGGAAGUACUAUAAAUAUUCUUUAAAUUAAGCAUCAUGAUAAGCAUACGUGGUUAAAAAUGAACUCAAAUGGCUUCUUGCACCCUAUUGCUGUUGAGUCAGUUCCAACUCCUGGUGACCCCAUAGGUUACAGAGUACAACUGCUCCAUAGGAUUUUCUUGACUGUAAUCUUUAUGGAAGCAGAUUGCCAGGCCUUUCUUCCGUGGUGCCUCUUGAGGUUUCAGCCACCAACUUUUAGGUAGUAGUUGAGCACAAACUAUUUAUACUACCUAGAGACCUUAACAAAAGGGUAUAAAUUGAAAAGCAAAAUUUUCCGUUUCUCUUACCUCCCAUUUUCUCCCCAAAUAUAACCAAUGUUAACAGAUUCUGUGUAUCCUUCUAGAAGUUUAUAUGCAUAUGCAAGCAUAAAUGGGAGCCAUUAUGAUACUUUUCUGCACUUUGAUUUUUAAAUAAUUUAAGUAAUAUAUCCUGGAGAUCUUCCCAUCUCUUCACACUUUUAUAUUCUUACUGGCUCUGUAGUAUUCCAUUGCAUAAAUAAUGAGCCAUUGAUUUAAGCAGUCCUCUGUUGAUGAACAUUUAGGUGAUUUCUGGUUUUUUGUUAGUAACGAUAAUGCUUCAGUGAAUAUUUUCCUGCAUUCAUUUUUGGUUUUUUUUUUUAAUAAUACCACUCCCCAAGGGAGUUAAAGAUCCUGGAUUCAUGCCUCACCACAGAAGGGCAAAUGCUCCAAUCCCUCUUGUGCCAUUUUCUACUUUUCCUGUUGUUUCUCACUCUGGACUCUCCACAGCUCUGUCUAUACUCAACCACAAGCUAUCUACUUAGACCGGGUCCCCCACUGAAGAGUCUUGUGGACAAGGCAGAUAAGUUAAACAUAUGAAGCUGUAGCAUGUGAGAGAAUAGGAUGUGGGAGGCUUAUGGAGAAAUGGAGAGGCCUGAGGCCUGAAGACAUUGAAAUUCCGAAAAAUUUUGAAUACCCGUGGCUUUCAGGUUCCAGGAUGUCAGCGGAUGAUUAUUGACUUAAAUUCACACUCACAAGGCCCUUCAUUAAAAGCAGCCCCUCAGCUGGGAAUGUCUGCUAUCCCACAUGGUAACCUUCCUUCAAGGGCCUUUAAUUCUACCUUUCCAGAUUGUUUCAGUGUUCCCUCCCCCUUGCUGCCAUAGACUAUACUUAUGCCUCUGUUUAUAAUACAUCACACUCUGCCUUCCAUUUGAGUUACUUGGGUAGAGGUAAUAGGCUGCUGAAGGGCUGGGUCUUUGAGUUUCUCACUCCUUCUGCCCUUAGCAGUUAUUUCCGUAUAGUGGGUUUUCAGUAAAUGUUAGGCUGAAUUGUCUACUGAGAGAGGCCUAGGAGGAAAUAAAGCCUAGUUUCAAGUCACAGCCAUUCAAAAUGGAGACAGUAUAUUACAGCCAUGGCAUUCAAUGAAAGAUGAAACAAAAAUCUUUGAAUUUCCAGGACAUGAGUAUUUUUCUGCCAAAAAAAAUUCUGUGCAACUCAUCUACGAGAAUAUCACCAAAUUAAGGAAGUCCUUUUUCUCAGUGCUAAGUCCAGUGGGAAUAAUCAAGAUUAAUCUGCUUCAUCCUAGAAAACAGAAACACGGGCAGGCUCGAAUUCUCAGUCUGAAAUAAUUUCCUAACGCCAGUGAUUGUGGAGGCAGUGGCAUCCAGGCAGUUAGAACUCCAGGCAGAAUAAGGUGGGAACCCAUGCAGCACCUUGCAAAAUGAACAGUGCCUUAAUGUGAGAAUGUCAGAAGCUGUCACGUGAAGAACAGGCUUGAAAACAUCCUAAUGAGUAGCCCUGUGGGCAGUAGCAUGUGUUGCAGCUGGCAUAUUGACUCGAUUGAUUUACUUAUUAGUGUGUCAUUUAAACUGUGUCUAAGAGUAACCGACUACCAGGCCCAGUUCAGAAAAAACCUCCAGAUCUUGAAGUAACUGGGACAUUUAUCAGCUGUGUUAAGUCAGUCUUUCUUUAAUCAUUGGAUGUUUUAUGGUGAAUUUUUUUAAAGUUGGGUUUUAAGGUAUAACUUACACACAGUGAGAUUCACCCUUUUCUAGUACAUGGUUUUAUGUGUUUUGACAAAUGCUUACAAUUGUGUAACUACCGCCACAGUCAAGAUAUGGAACAGAACCAUCAUCCAAAAAGUUCUCUCAUGCCCUCUGCUAGUCAGCUCUCCCCCAGCUGCUGACCUGUUUUCUGACCCUUUAGUUUUCCUUUUCCAGAAUGACAUAUAAAUAGAAUAAUUUUGUCUAGCUUCUUUCACAUAGUGUAAUACAUUUGAGACCCAUCCAUGUUGUUGUGUGUAUCAGUAGUUCCUUCUUAUUGCUUAAUAGUAUUCCAUUGUGUGGGUGUACCGUAAUUUAUCCAUUUACCAGGUGAAGGACACUUGAGUUGUUUCCAGUUUCUGGUCAUUAGGAAUUAAGCCGCUACAAACGUUCACCCAUAGGCCUUUGUGUGAACAUUCGUUUUCAUUUCUCUUGCAUGAAUACCUAGGAAUGGGAUUUUUGGGUUGAACGGUAGGCGUAUGUUUAGCUUUAUAAGAAGCUGCAGGUCCACUUCCAAAGCAGCUGUACUAUUUUGCAUUCCUGUGUUAUCCACUGAGACUGUAAAGGUCUGGGACUAAGGUUACAUCUACACCAUCUUACGCCAUUUCAGUAGGAUUACAUGUUUUAGGUAGAUUGAAAGUCCUUUAAUGGUGCUGGUUGGGUUGUUCUGCCUGGGCUGUGGGUGCUGUGAAAGAAAGGGAGAGAAGUGGAGUAGGAAUGUAGACUUCAUCUCAGUAGGUUAAGCUUUUUUAUUUAUAUAUGGAUUUUUUUUUUUUUUCCUCCCUGAAAAUGAUUAAAGUGAGCAAGUGACUGCUUGGCAAAACUCUGCCCUGAUAUUCAGGGGAGAUUAGAGCAGUUUUGCAGAUAAGCUUGAAAAUCUACUUGGCCACAAAGUCAUUUCUCAGGCCCCAAGGCAGUCACCAGUGUUGUGCUGAUGACGUAUGAUAAUGUGGAGGACUGGGAACCUGAAGGUUGGCACAUCUUUUAGAAGGUGAUAUUUGUAAGUUUUGUUCAAAUGCUCAAUUGCCUACUAACUGACUUCUUUCAACUUCUCACCAAAGUGCAUUCAGAGUCCUGCCACUAGAAAUAGUUUGCUUGUAAGGCUUCUUAUCUGGGUUUCUUAUAGUUGAAAUAGAGAAUUUUAGACUUGGCCUGUACAUCUUGCUGUGACACCGCAGCUCUGAAUCAGGAGGGGUAUAUCUGUGUGCUUUCUGGCUAUUGCUAUAAUCAGUACCUUUUGUACUAAACAGGGAAAUCAGUUCAAAAGCCAUUUGGGUUGAAUGCCUUGUCCUCCUAUGGCCUAUUGUAGGCCUUGGUGGUCUGCCUUAGAAUCAGCUGGGUAUCAAAAACAGAAAGAAGAAAACAAUCAGUUACUUGUGGCCUGUGAUGUUCCCUCGUAACGUUCAGAGUUCUGUGCUAACCGUAUCAGUACCCUGACCUGGAAAUCUGGCAUAACCUUCAGGAGCCAGUAAUGUGCAGUGUGUAAAUGGGAAUUAACUGAAUGAUCCUGACUAAGGGAAACUUUCAGCCUUGAGCCCUAAAGUCAAUGGAGUUUUUGUAUUUUACCCACAGCUCCACUUUAACAAACUGGAAAGGAGAAGAAAAACAAGUGAAAAAUGAGUGUUUUCUGUCUGAUUUUGCUCCAGGGGAAUGCCCAUUAAGGGACUGCCUAUCAGCCACAGUGCUACAGGCCCCCCGCCCUAUCCUGUGUCUCCUUCGAGGUGCCCUAGAAGGGGUUUGUAGCAUCAUUAGGGAGGUGCUUGUGUCUUAUGCUGAUUUGACAUUCUUCUUAGAAAUACCAGUUUGGAGAGGGUGGUAAAGACCAAUAAAUAUGACACCCUGUGGUAUGGAGAGGAAGAAAUUUGUUUUGUUUCCAGCUAUGGAUUUGAUUGCAGGUAAACUCCUUAGAACUAAGCUAUCAGAAUGUGAGAGCAGAAUAGAAGCUGGGGGGAUAGUACCGUAUACCCUGAGGCACCCAGCAGCUUUGUGACUGUUCGCUCAGCAUUAACUAAGCCCACAGGAUGCCUUUCCCUUUCGUCACACCGUAAAUUGUUCCCCCAGAGCUGCCCCUGUUUGCAGCCCAAGUGAAUUGUUCAACUUUGUAUAUUCCACGUGGCCUGAAUACUUUUUUUUUUUUUUUUACUACCCGAUUGGAAGACCCUGUAGAUCAAUUCAGAAAGGCAACAAGUAAAUGGAAGUAUCUUUGGGGACUCUUACUUGGAACACAUGCAGAGAGUUCACCAAGCUAGACAUUUUAUCAAGCCAAGGAGUACAUUUGCCAAGGAAAAGAAUCCAGUGAUAAUGGAUGUAAGGAGAAGAAAACGCAGUAAUGGAAGAAGCUGUCAGACCGUUAGAUUUCUUUCUCAAUAAAAGCAAGUUGAUAUUAUGGCAGAAGACACAGAGGAUCGUAGCAUAAAAUGACAGGGAGCUCUUCACGAUGAUCAUCGAUGUGCGUUAAGUGUUGUAGUUAAUAUAUUCCUACUGGUGCUAUCUGUAAAAAUACUCCUUUUCUCUAUAUUGUUAAAAUUUAUGGUUUGCUGGAUCAUGGUAGUACUGAACACCCCACAAAUCUCACUUCCCACUCAAGGGAAGGCAUCGAGAUGAGUCUGUGCCCUAGCACGUGAAGCAUUUCCCAUUCUUUUACUAAGAUUUACAGUGGACUAGCCCUCACAGGCCGACAAGAACUACCAUAAGAACUAUGGCUUCUGGUGUGUGUGUGUGGCAAGGGGGUACUAAAUUGUUGCUUGUUUUUCUUUAAAAAAAAAAAGACUUCCUUUGCAUCCUCACAAAGAAGACAGUUCAGAAAUUUCCAAAUUGUCUUCCUGCUUGAGCCUCUAACUCUGCAUUUGAAGUUGUUCCCCUUUAGUCUUAUUAUUACAGGCUUUUUUCUUUACUAAAGUAUGUUGGUGAUGUCAGUGGGAGUUACCUCCGUAACGCUAGCGCCUUUUUCAUCCCUGAGAGAAUAAUUUUGAAGAAGCUCCUUUUCUUUAUUACCUUGUAAGUUUUUGUGAAAAUAUUAUAUACAUCACUUAAAAACUAAAACAGCAGGAAAGUGCUUGUAAUGAGAAGUCAUGAUCCCCUCCCGACCCUCGAUCCCUUUCCUGGGACAACCAUUUCUGUUUCUGCUAAUAGACACUCGCUUGGUUACUUGCUUGAUGUUUAAUAAUAAGCUAACACUGCUAUUUCUUGAUUCAUCAUGUCAAUUAUCUGUUGACUUUCUGCUAUUUGUUCACUUUUAUUACCCUUUUCCUUCUUUAGUUGAUAGUUACUAUUUUGAUUAUUCUUUUGAUAAUCUUUGUAGCUUUAAAUAAUAGAUGUGAACCUCUAUUUCUUGUUCCAUCAACUUACAUAGUUGAUUGACUCUCUAGUCUAUUAGAUGAAAAUAUUAAUAAUCUCUGUGGAAACAGAUCAUAGGCUCUCUUUAAAAGUCUCUUACGUUUUCUGAAUCACCUCUUUUUCUUAGGAAAUCAGAUGUCACGUUUAGUUACUUAACUUCCUUUUAGACACUUCUGUUUUGUUUUUAAAUAUGAGUCAUAAACUUUGAUUAUCCAUCCAUAUGUAAGAACAAGGGACUGAGUUGAUUAUUCUUUUUUUUUUUUUAAUUGUACUUUAGAUGAAGGUUUACAGAACAAACUAGCUUCUCAUUAAACAGUUAGUACACAUAAUGGUUUUAUGACAUUGGUUAACAACCACACGAAAUGUCAGUAUUCUCCCUUCUCUACCUUGGCUCCCUAUUACCAGCUUUCCUGUCCCCUCUUAUCUACUAGUCCCUGCCCUUGGGAUGUUGUGCCCCUUUAGUCUCAUUUUGUUUUAUGGGCCUGUCUAAUUUUUGGCUGAAGAGAACCCCAGGAGGGACUUCAUUCCUGAGCUAAAGUGAUGUUUGGGCGCCAUACUCUCGGGGUUUUUCCAGGCUCUGUCAGGUCAAUAAGUCUAGUCUUUUUUUGUGUGUGUGUGAGUUAAAGUUUUGUUCUACAUUUUCCUCCAGCUCUGUCCAGCACCCUCUACUGUGAUCCCUGUCAGAGCAGUCAGUGGUAGUAGCUGGGCACCAUCUGGUUGUACUGGACUCAGUCUGGUAGAUGCUGUGGUAGUUGUGGUCCCUUAGUCCUUUGGACUAAUCUUUGCCCUGUGUCUUCAGUUUUCUUCAUUCUCCCUUGCUCCCAAAGGGGUAGGACCAGUGAAGUAUCUUAUAUGGCUGCACACAGGCUUUUAAGACCCGAGACACUACUCACCAAAGUAGAAUGUAGAACAUUUUCUUUAUAAACUAUGUUAUGCCAGUUGGGCUAGAUGUUCCCUGAGACCAUGGUUCCCACAGCCCUCAGCCCAGCAAUUCAGUCCUUUAGGGAGUUUGGAUGGAGCUUCCAUGACCUUGCCUUAUACAAGUUGUGGUGGCUUUCCCAGAAGUGUGUACUGUCUUACCCUUCACCAGUUACCACUUAUCAACUGUCUUAUUUAGUGUUUUCCCAUCCUCACCCCUCCUCUCCCUUAUAACCAUCAAAGUUUGUUUCUUUUUGUGUGUAAACCUUUUCAUGAGCUUUUACAGUAAUGGUCUCAUACAAUAUUUGUCCUUCUGUGAUUGACUUAUUUCACUGAGCAUAAUGCCCUCCAGAUUCAUCCAUGUUAUGAGAUGCUUCACAGAUUGUUCAUUGUUCUUUAUCGUGGUGUAGUAUUCCAUUGUGUGUAUGUACCAUACAUUGUUUAUCCGUUCAUCUUUUGAUGGGCGUCUAGGUUGUUUCCAUCUUUUUGCUAUUGCUACAGUGAACAUGAGUGUGUAUAUGUCUAUUUGUGUGAUGACUCUUAUUUCUCUGGGAUAUAUUCCUAGGAGUGGGAUUGCUGGAUCAUAUGGUAUUUCUAUUUCUAGCUUUCUAAGGAAUGGGUUGAUUAUUCUUAAUGGAUGGUGUAGGUUUGACAUCCUGUUUAGUGCCAUUCCUGAAUAGGAACCUGCAUGUGAAGCUGAUGAGGUAGCUAGGGCCUUCCCCCCUGGUAGUUUCACUUUAGGGUCAACACUGAGAAGGGCUAGGUUUUAGGCAGGAGUUUAUAUGGGUGUGUGUGGUAAAGCUCCAAAUUCCUGAGUGGAGGGCUUUACACUAGGUGAUGUUGGCACAUUCUCUACCUUCCUCAUUCUUGCCAAGCAAUUUUUUUUUUCUUUUGAACUAAUUUUAGACUUGGAGAAAAGUUACAAAAAUAGUAGUUUCUGUACAUCUCUCGCCCAGCUUCCCCUAAUGUUAAUGUCUUACUUAAAACCAAAAAAAAAAAAACAAAUCUCUUGCUGUCAAGUGGCUUUCAGGUCAUGGUGACCUCACCUGUGUCGGCAUAGAACUGUACUCCAUGGGGUUUUCAAUGGCUGUAAUCUUACAGACUUAGAGUGCCAGGGCUUUCUUCUGGAGCACUGCUGGGUGAAUUCAAACUGCCAACCUUUCAGGUAGUAAACCAAACCAAACCUGUUACCAUCGAGCUGGUUCCAACUCAUGGCAGCCCCGUGUGUUACAGAGUAGAACUGCUUCAUAGAGUUUUCUUGGCUGUUAUCUUUCUGGAAGCACAUUACCAGGGCUUUCUUCCACGGUGCUGCUGUGUGGGUUUGAACUACCAACAUUUUAGGUUAGUAGUCAAGGACAGACUGUUUGGAUCACCACAUAACCAUAGUACAAUUUCAAGGCAGUUUUUAAAUUUCUUAAUAGAGAAAGAGUCCUCUGGGGAUAUUUUGCCCAAAUAUUAGGCCUCCAACAGAGUGCAUAGACCUAAGGUAGGGGAUGGGGAGGGAAUUGAGAGGUGCCCAUAGGCAGCUGUAUCUUACAAAGCACAGACUUCUAAUUACAAAAAAAAAAAACAAAAAAAACCCGUUGCCGCUGAGUCAAUUCCGACUCAUGGCAACCCUGUAGGACAGAGUAGAACUGUCCCAUGGAGUUUCCAAGGAGCACCUGGUGGAUUCAAACUGCCAGCCUUUUUGGUUAGCAGCUGUAGCACUUAACCACUGCGCCACCAGAGUUUCCCUUUAGCCUUUCUGAAUUCUACACCCCUGCGAAAUCUCUCUUGCAGCUCACUGGGGUUUUACUGGCAUAUCACCAGGUGGCUUGCUUUCACCCUCCUGCUUUCCCAAAGUUUUCUCCUGCAUAUUCCAGGCUCUUAACAUUCUCCCUCUAUUCUACUUGCCGUCCUCUCCUGACCUCAUGAGAUUUGUUGAAAUCUUUCUUCUUGACGUUCCUGUCUCAGUCGCUUCUCUGUUCUAUCCCUCACUCUUCUGGGGUCAUAUUAUUAACGCACAGCGGGACAAAUGCCGGUACUCCUUCCAUAGUCUACUACUAAAAACCAACGUUUAUUUUUAAAAGAGAACCUGAUUGUUUACGCAAUCAAAGCUCCUCCACCAGAUGUUGGUGUGUCAACAGAGACCAGCAGUCCUCAUAAGAUUAAAAAAACAAAACAAAACACAUGAUUCAGCCCAAGUUUGCUUGCUUUACUUAUUACCUUAGACAAGUUCACCAGUGUUGAUUUUUAGAUAUCUACUGCAAAUGUAAAAAAAAAAAAAAAUUUUUAUUGCAAUGUACUUAUUUAAAAUUUUUCAAAUGACAUAUCUAAAUGAAACUAUUUUGCUAUUUGUUUACAUGAAAGUCCAUCUGAUUUUUAAAUAUUUCUAAAACACUCCGUUUUGUAAUCUAAUCCCUAAUUAUUUUGAUUUUUAAAAUCAUAAAGAUUUUCAAAGGGUUUAUUCAUCUCUAUAAUUCAUAUCACCUAGAACAGUGCUUUGUCCCAAAUAGGUGCUCAAAAAUUGUUUUUAAUAUACUUAAAUUUUUCAAAAAUACUCAUUAGCUUUGUACAAUAAUGGCAUAAUUUAGUAUGGUACUUUGGAGAUUCAGAAUGCUUUAGUUUUUAAUAUUUCAUUCAUUGCUCACAUCUGAUGCUCCUUGUGGCAGGCAUUUUUAGUCUUAUUUUACAGGUAGGACAUUGGGCUCUGAAAUGUUAAAUGACUUGCCUCUUUGCCCGAGGUCAUACAUCUGACAGUUUCAGAGCCUGGUUCGGACACCAGGUCUUCUAACUCCUAAUCCUGUGCCCUUUAUUUUGCAUAUGUUACAAUACGCUGAACAUAUGCUUGGGUAACAUUUGACAAUGAACGUAUUUCUAUAAAUCCCAGUGCCGUGAGAUAUGCUUGCAAAUGGGCUCACGCAUAGGGUAUGUUCUGCUAAUGAACUAAAACUACAUCUUUCUUAAGUAAGAAGGAAAGAGUCCUUGGACAGGCAGUCCACCCCACUGUGUCCCUUUCAUGUUCUGUAGCCAUGGACCAAAUAGAGUCACCCAUGAAAAAAAUGCUCCCAAGGUCAGAUUCUCUCCUGGCCAAAAGUGUGUUUAAGGACCCAAAACCUUGCAUUUUCAGAAACAGAGCCUCCUCUCAUCCCCCACUUAAAAUUUAUCCAUACAUAAGAGACUUGCUCUAGUAUUAAUACAGAAACAUCAAAUUAAAACCUAUCACAUAAUUCACUAAUAACACACAGAGCUGUAACUCUAUCCCAUACCUCUCAAGGUAUAUCUUUUCAAAACUCAGGUUGCAGUUUAAUUAAAUGACUAGGUGAAAAAUCUUCCCUUUCUUGAAAGACGCUCAGUGAGAUGGGCUGAGCCAGUGGCUACAACAAUGGGCUCAAACAUAGCAACAACUGUGAGGACGUCAUAGCACCAGGCAGCAUUUCAUUGUUAGGGUCGCUAUGAGUCAGAACUGACUCAAUGGCACCUAAUAACAACAGAUGAAAAGUAAUGAUGUCUCUGUGAAAAAAAAAAUAUCAUUUAAAUAUAAAUUCAGACUCACUGUCACUAAUACAUAUGCCCCCCCCCCCGCCCUUUUCUCUCUUUUUUACAAAUGCUAUGUGCUUUAAUUUAGUAGGAAAUGCAUGUUACAAAAGCCAAGAGUAGUCCCCAAAAAGAGGCCUCACCAUCCAGGGACCAUUCACCACUGGUCUGAAUUAAUGUUCUCCUACCACCACCUGGGGGUAACCGGGGGGACAGUUUCUUCUCCAACACCCAUCUUUGGUCUCCCAGCCUUCCUUUAUUUUCACUGCUUUUCUGGGCUGCUUCUGAGACCUUCCUCCAGUCCCCCAACCCUCCAGCCCUCACCUUUCCACUGGACUGUAGCCCACACUGUCAGCUUAAGUGCCUAACUAAUCUUUGCUGCAAAUUAUGUAUUAUUAGACCAAUUUCAUCUCAUAUUAUUCCACUUAGUUUGCCAGAGGUUUAAAGGAUUAAACAAUCCUUUGGGUAUUUCCUGUUGUCCUUUUCUUCUUUUACACACAGAAGCAUCCUUUGGACCUGGGGGUUAAUAACCUUGGGUCUGUGGCUAGCUUUAGGGAACCUGUGAGUCCCCAUUAGUGGAAAGCAGAAUUAUGUGAGCAUAAGCGUGUUUUCCUGGGGAGUGGCACUGUAGUUUUUCUCAAAUCCUAAAAGGGACCCAUGACCCCCAAAAUUGAAGAAGCAUGGCAGCUAUCAGAGACCUUGCCCUUGGAGCCCAUGCUCUCGCCAGGUCCUUCUGUUUUCACUUGAGGCCUGGGCUGGGCUCUGGUUUUUGUCCGUCAGGCCCUGGAGAAGCAGCCUGUUCCCAUUGACCUCUCCCGACCUGCUGGGUUUUGCCUCCUGUGCUGUCUCUCCAGUGCCCUGCCCGUCAGCUGGACCUAACGUUAGAUUGACUGUUCCUUACCCCUUUCCAGAUCCUCAUCCUCCAUGUAAGGUAUUCUUAUCUCGUUUAUUCCCUAAGCACCUUUGCUUUAAAUGGUUUAUCCUAGUUUCUUUUCUGAAUGUAGAGUAUCUGCAGAAGUUUCCGUCACCCCUCUGCCUUCUUAUCAGUCUACCUGGCCCAUCCCAGAGCCACUGUUCUCCUUAAAGGGUGACACAUUCCCUUCUCAGGUGGUCACUUAGCUCAAAAGAUGAGUAGCAUCCCCAUGCCCUGAGAAAUCCUGGCAUUGUCUUCCUUCACACCGAAACCAACCAAACCCAUUGCCAUCAAGUCAAUUCUGACUCAUAGCAGUCCUGUAGGCCCCCUACAGUUUUAAGACCCCACAUUUAAGUGUCACCUAGAGUCAGCUGCAGUUUAUAAGUAGGCUUCACUUUGCCACCAUCUGACUUAGUAACAUCUGUCACUCAGUCUUAGGAUAAUGCCUGCUACAUUUUCUUGUUAAUUUUUAAAUGUUGAAGUUGGGAAUAAUUAUACAUCACUGAUUGAAUAUGAAAAAGAUAAAACUGGAACAUAGACUUCCCAUGCUUUCUUUUGAUUUGUGUUUUGUUUUGGUUAAGGCCUCUUGUAAGAGAAUUUCUUAUAUCCUGUGCUCCUGAUUUGCCUCCCGUGAAGUAUCUGAGGUGCAGGAGAGAGCACAGUUAGCUAAGGUAUCUGGUGCCUAGGCCAUAUGAGCCUCAGUGAGCUGACCCCAGCACCAUAAAUCAUAAGCAGCAGCUAGGGUGGAUUUGGGACCCUGAGUAGACUGCUGCUCCAGUUCCAAGUUAGCUAUCCAUGAGGUCUGCGUUCCGAGCUUGCUGACAUUUUCUUUAGCCCUUGCUGAUAAUCCGAGUGGGAGAUCCGAGCCCUGCCGUAUUUAGAUCCCUGACCCAAGUCAGAGUGCUGAGCUGCUCUGUUGCUGUUUCUGAUACACGAUCCUGUGCUGAGAAAGUGACCAGCCUGCGGCCUUGCAGACUCACAGGAAAGCCUAGUCCAGGGCAGCAGGGCCAGUUCCUGUCCUCAGGGACAGAGACACCAUGGCACUGCCAGAUCACUUUGCCCGUCCCCACUCCUUUCAGAAGGGAUCAUCUGUCUCUUCAUUAACUGGGAAGUAAGCCAUUCUCUUGUGAAGCCAAAGCCAACUCCCUUUGGGGGCCCGUGGGGACUGCUGGAGCAGUCCCUGUGCCAUCCAACUCUGUGAUUUCUCUGCAUGUUUCUUAAACCAGCGCUCCUACUGAAGAGGGACGAUGGAAGCAUAUGAAGGAGUGGACAUCUGACUCAACAAGAAGGCCCUUCCCCUGCUAAGAAUCUUAAAUGGAACUUUUCAAACUAUUUUAGAGCCCACCAUUCCCAGGCAUUUCAGUCUAUACUGUUGAAAGAACCUGUGGGAAAAGAAACAAAUAUUACUAGUUUUUAGUUAGCUCUGUGGGCAGGGUGUCAGGAACAACACAUCACACUGCUUCCAUGUGCCACUGCAACUUCCCACAUUUUAAGAAACCAAAACAGCACAAAAUGUUGAGAGCUGGAUAAGACCCUGUGUCAGGAUUUGUUUAAGGUAUACAGCACCCUCAGUCAGCUGAGUCAUUUUACCUCUCGUGAAAGGAGUUGUGCAGUGCCUUGUGGGAGAAAAAUAAAAUGGUUCUUGGUUACCACCUAGCCAUAGUAGCUUAUUAGUGACAAAGGCAAUGCAGAAUAAGGCAUAUAUGUCCCAUUCCACCCUCUACUUUCUGAGUGCCUUCUGUGUGCAAGACACUCUACUUCGUGCUUCACAUCUGAGUUACUUAAUAGAGCAUUUCUGUGAAGAAGGCAUAUUUAUCCCAUGUUACAGAUGAGAAAAUAGAGGCAUAGAGAGUUAAUGUGCCCAAGGUAUCACAGCGCUAGUCUUUGGCAGAGCUAAGAUUUGAACCCAGGUGUUCGGGCUGUAGAGACUCUGUUGUCCUCCUGCACCAUGUUAUUGUGGCAGUAUUAGGUCCCUGAACUGCAUAUUAGAAUCAUCUAGGGAACCUUAAAAAUAAUUAAGUCAGAAUCCCUGCAGGUAGGGCUCCAGCCACUUAGGGAAGACCUGCCAGGCUGGUCAGCUUCCUGUCCUGCACUGGGAAGACAGCCUGCCUCACCUUCAUCUGGGAGCCCAGCAUGGGUUCUAGCAAAACCACCAGCUCCGCCUGCUUUUCUUCCCCAUCUCUGCCCUCCAGAUGGUGUCUUUCACUUCAGUUCUAUUCCAUUUAGGGCUCAGCCAUGGUAUAGAGAAGAUUGGAGUAGGAGGUGAUUGCAGGAAGAGAAUUGAGUGGCCAAGGUAUGAUGAGGUUAGCGAGGUAGUGGCAGUGGAUACAGGGGAAGGCAGGCAGGAAAGAGCUAUGGAGGCAGAAGAGAGAGAACCUGUAUCUGCACAAUGAUGAGUGAAUUAGCCUUGAAUGCAGUAAAAAUGACUGAGGUUUAAAGUUAGUGUGGACCCUAUUAUAAGAUCUCAAGAAAAGUUUUAAACACAGAAGAAAUCAUUUUUUGAUGGUUACGAGGGUGGGGAGGCAAGGAGAAGAGCAUCCACUAACUAGAUAAGUAGACAACAAUUAUCUUAGGUGAAGGAAGGGAUAACACACAAUACAAGGAAAGUCAGCUCAACUGGACUAAACCAAAAACUAAGAAGUUUCAUGAACACAUGAACACUUCAAGGGACAGAGUAGCAAGGGUGGGGUUCUGGGGACCAUGAUUUCUGGGGACAUCUAGGUCAAUUGGCAUAACAAAGUUUAUUAAGAAAAUGUUUUGCAUCUCACUUUGGUGAGUGGUGUCUGGGGCCUUAAAAGCUAGCAAGCAGCCAUCUAAGAUGCAACAAUUGGUCCCAUCCCACCUGGAACAAAAGAGAAUGAAGAACACCAAAGACACCAGAAAAAUAUGAGUCCAAGAGACAGAAGGGGCUACAUAAACCAGAGACCCCAUCAGCCUAAGACCAGAAGACCUAGAUGGUGCCCAGCUACCACCAAUGACUGCCCUGACAGGGCAUACACAGAGGGUCCCUGACAGAGCAGGAAAAAAGUGGGGUGAGAACUAAAAUUCUAGUAAAAAGACCAGAUUUAAUGGCCUGACUGAGACUGGAGGAACACCAGUCUUAUAACCCCUGGACUCUCUGUUAACCCAGAAUUAAAACGAUUCCCAAACCUAACUCCUCAGACAAAGAUUAGACUGGACUAGAAGACUAAGAGUGUGCUUCUUACUUCAGGUGGGCACAUGAGACUAAAUGGGCAGCUCCUGUCCAGAGGUGAGAUGAGAAGGCAGAAAGGGCCAGGAGCUGGUUGAAUGGACAUGGUAAACCCGGGUUGGAAAGGAGGAGUGUGCUGACAUAUUAUAGAGAUAGCAACUAGGGUCACAUAACAAUGUGUGUAUAAAUUUUUGUGUGAGAAACUAACGAGCUGUAAACUUUCACUUAAAGCACAAUAAAAAUACAGAAAUAAAGUUAGUGUGGGCAGAUAGUUGUAUCAUUAACAAAAGUGGGUAAAUAAAGAGGAAUAUUGUGUUUGGGAGAAGAAAAAUGCUGCAUUCAUGUAGUACAUUCUGAGUUUGAGGUGCAAUAGGAACUUGAAGCGGAGGUGUCUACUGGUAAUUGAAAAGCUGAGAUGAGAGAGGACAGGGCUUUUUCAUUUUCCCAAAGCAUCAAGGUUGAUUCGAACUCUUAAAAGAAGGCGAGAAAGUUAAUAGCACACAUCCUUAUGGAACAUUCAAACAGUGCUCUGUGGAGAAAGGAUAAUAUCCAUAAUGUGUGUGUGUGAAUGGCACUUAUUUUAAUUAAAAUAUAUAUAUAUAUGUGUGUAUAUAAACGUGGGUGAAUCUUGAAGACAUUAUGUUAAGUGAAAGAAGCCAGACACAGAAGACCACAUGUUAUAUGAGUCCGUUUAUAUGAAAUGUCCAGAACAGGCAAAUCCGUAGAGAUAGUAAGACUAGUGGUGGCAGAGGGUGGGGGAAGGGAGGAGUAAGGACUGACUACUAAUGGGUACAAGAUGUCUUUUUGGAGUGAUAACAGUGUUCUAAAAUUGAUGAUGGUGAUGGUUGCACAACUCUAAAUAUAUUAAAAACUGCUGAAUAACACACUUAAAUGGGGGAAAUGUAUGGUACGUGAAUUAUAUCCCAAUAAAAAAUAUGUAUGUAUGUAUCCUGCUCUUGGAGCUCUGGUGGCUCAGCUACUAACCAAAAGGUCAGCAGUUCAGAUCCACCAGCUGCUCCAUGGAAACCCUAUGGGGCAGGUCUGCUGUGUCCUGUAGGGUCACUAUGAGUUGGAAUUGACUCGAUGGCAACAAGUUUGGGUUUUUGUGGUGGUUGUUUAUAUUGUACUCAAAUUGUGGAUUCAAGUAAAAUGAAAUUCUUGAUAACUUUAUUAUUUUCUCCAUUUGUCAUGAUAUUGCUCAUGGGUCCAUUUGUGAGGAUUUUUGUUUCCUUUUUUUUUAUGUUGAGGUAUAAUGCAUACUGAAGGCUGUGGUCUUUGACCUUCAUCAGUAAGUGCCUCAAGUUAUGUGUCAUGCAGAUGACACAAACUUUCAGCAAGCAAGGUAGGGUCAUGUGCAUAUGGCAGGUUGUUAAUGAUUCUUCCUCCACUCCUGAUGCCACAUUCAUAUAGUCCAGCUUCUCGGAUUAUUUGCUGAACAUACAGUAUGGUGGAAGGAUACAACCCUGAUGCACACCUUUCCUCAUUUUAAACCACGCAGUAUCCCCUUGUUCUGUUCAAACGGCUGCUUCUUGGUAUAUGUACAGGUUCUGCAUGAGCACAAUUGUUUUGGGAUUCCCGUUCUUUGCGAUGUUAUCCAUAAUUUGUUAUGAUCCACACAGUUGAAUGCCUUUGAGUAGUCAAUAAAACACAGUUAAACAUCUUUCUGGUAUUCCCUGCUUUCAACCAAGAUUCAUCUGACAUCAGCAAAGAUAUUCCUCAUUCCACAUCCUCUUCUGAAUCCAGCUUGAAUUUCUGGCAGUUCCCUCUCAGUGAACUGCUGCAACCAUUUUUGAAUUAUCUUUAGCAUAAUUUUACUUGCAGAUGAUACUAAUUAAUUAAUAUAAAGUAAUGUGUACGCCUUAUAAAAUUAAAAGGAGCAUGCCUGGCAGCCUGCAAAAAAGAACUAAAUUUGAGUCUUUUAACAUCACUCUAAACACAAUAUUUGAUAUUGUCUACACUUUAGUGCUCUGUUACUGUUGGCCUAGCUAUCUGAUGUGGUAUUUUCUCUUGCUAUUGUUUUAAAAAAAGUUAGGAAAAUUCCCAAUUUGCUGGUAUGACGGGAGGGAAAUUUUGUGCGUGCAUAAACAUAAAUCUCUCUCCAAACUAAACACAUGCACAACACCUUCAGUUUGAAGAGAACACUCUAUUUAGUAUUAUUUCCCAAAGCCUUGCAAAGUAAGUUAAUAUUCUGUGUUCAUUUUAUUAAUGUUUUUAAAGAAAAUAAGGCCUGAGAAGUUUUCUUCAAAUACAGCUUUUAGAUCUGGAGCGAGAACAAAUUCUUACAAGUCUCAAAGCUUCUGCCUUUGCGUGGCUUCCUCCAUCAAUCCCUCAGAGGUUUUGCUUUCCAAGAAGCAGGCUGAGGCCUUGAGAUACUCUCUUGCCGGAAUAGAUCCAGAUUUAUUCGUGUUUUGCACAGCUUUGCUUGUCAGUGUAAAAGGAGAAAUACCCGUUGCAGUCGAGUUGAUUCUGACUCAUAGUGACCCUAUAGGACAGAGCAGAACUGCCUCAUAGGGUUUCCAAGGCUGUAAAUCUUUACGGAAGCAGACUGCCAGAACUUUCUCCCUCGACAGCUGGUCGGUUCGAACCUCCAACCUCUUUUUGGUUAGCAGCUAAGUGCUUUAACCACUGCGUCAUCAGGGCCCCUUAGAAGAGAAGAAAUAGAACAACUGUAUUAGGAGAGGUUUCCAUUCUUCCCAGAAACUGUUCUUCCUUGCUCACUGGAUGGCUGCUAUCCAGAGAAACCCACGAAGCAGUGGUUUGUUCACUGCUGCAGGCUGAUCUCCUGCCCCUCAGAAGCAUAUGCAAUGCAAGAGGACUUGCGGCUGGUUGUGGAUUUUUCUGCAGAUUCAGCAGAGCACUGCAUGUUAACAGUCAGCUUAAAGAAUGCUGAAGUCAUGUGUCAGUGCAUACCAGGCUAACUCUCUGCAGCCGAAACUUGACUUCAGGUAGGAAGUCACACAGAAAUGUUACUACCUGCUCUUGAUUCUCCAUUUGGGGCCAUGAAUGGCAUAUUUCAAAUCCACAGAUAGUCCAAAAACAACCUUAGCCUUUCUUGCAACCGCUUCCCUCACCAAACCUCUUAGUAAAGAUAGUAAUGAGCAGCAAAAUUGGAAAAUAUUCAUUUCACUUCUCCUCCAUAUACUUAAUUUGCCCAACUGGCCAGAAGAUGGUUCUGGAUGUUCCAUAAGUGAAAGCUGAGUUUGCAGACUAGGGGCCUAGAGGCCUACCCAGCCCAUGAAUGAUGUUUUAUUUGGCAUUCACUGUGUUUUUAAAAACAUUUGAUUGAGUUGUCAACAUUUAAUUAUUAUCCACAGAAAAUCUACAUUUCUGGCUUCUCUUAAGAAAUCCCAAAAUGUGGUCUCCCUGAACCCACAUUUUCAAGUAAGAAUGGUGCAGUGACGCCAAAGGGCAGCUCUUCCCCUCAUGCUGGGUGUAGCUCCCUUCCAGUGCUCGCCAGCCCACUUACAUCACCACUUCCGUUACCAACUAGUUCCUGUAGGCAUUUGAUUUGGGGACCUCAACAAGAGAAGGAGCUCUGAAGAGGGAAGAUUUUGCUUUACUUGCAAAUGUUCGUGGUGCCAUAGUGCCUGCCAAUAUGAAAUUUGAGCUACUGAUGAACAAGAUUAUCAGACACAUACCAGAGUCCUAGAUUCAAACACAAGUGAAAUGAGGUCAAUUUAGUAUACGGGACUUUAGUUCCAUUUCUAAUAAGGAGUAAAGACUAUUUUAACUUAAAGCGGAGUUAGAAAAGUACAGAAAAAAGCACAAUUAAAUGGAAAACAGGUAACUUGAGUUUCUGAUGCAAUCCCUGCUCCCUUGCCAAUACCUCAGUUUUCUUACCUGCAUGCUGGAAGUGUUAGUAACUAUCACCUGCUCAUCUCAUUGAACACUUAUUCAUUUAACAAAAUUUACAGAGAGGGGCUGACAUUGAGGAUUUACAGCCUUAGAAGCGUGACUCCACACUUAGAGUUUCAUUUUCCUCAUGUAUAAAAUAAGGAUCAUACUAGUAAACACCUUAGUGUUUGGUGUACUCUGAAUACUCAGUACUUGUGAGCUUUUAUUAUUCAUCAAGUACUAACCAUUUGCCAACCUUUGUGCUAGGCUUUUGGGAAUAUAAAAACAACAACAAAGAUGUGCCCAUGUCCUGAAAUAACUUUUGUCUAGUUGUGGAGGAAGAUCCUGGGCUAGCAAGUGGAGAAGUAAGACAAAGAAGUUCUCCUCAAAGUGACUGUACUGUUGAACCAUAAACAUACUAGCGAGGCCAUGACCUGUUACGACAUAAUACUAAAUAAAAAAGUUUGAUGUAGAGCACCUCCCUUUAGUAAUAUAUAUGUCUGUACAUAUCUAAAUAUGACGGAACAAAAAAGUCUUCAACACGAGACUUUUUAUAGGGGUUCCACAUCAAGCUUGUAAGUCAGAGGGUGUCUCUGACAUUUGAGGGAGUCAUCCCCUUGGUUGAGUCAGCCAAGACCCCCCUCCCAAGAAAAAUGCAUGCACACAAUGGUUUCCAUAACAUUCCAGGCUAUUUUGGGAGCUCCAGGAGCCCACCUAUGGAAGCAGACCCCACUUAUGUCCUUGCUGAGUUUCUACACAGGAUGUGGACUAAGUAGUCAUUCUGGAAGAGUGGUCAGUUGCUAAAGAGACAGAUGAAGCAACACAUAGAAACAGGGCAGUUCUGUGUGAAGGCAGGAGGCUGAGUCGCAUAGAGGUGAAAUGGGCAGUGAGGGGAAUUUUUGUUUGUUUGUUUUUCCCACUAUAUAUUUCUUUCUUUGAGUCAAAACUGAAUUAAUAAGGCUCCUUGUCUAACUUCUGAUUUUAAAAUACUGACUCAUGUCUCUUCAAAGACCACUGUUGCUUACAUAUUUCUCUUCUGGGUCAAAAGUGAAUUUGUAAGGUGUCUGGUCUAGUUUCCUUAUUUUAUUUUAUUAUUGUACUUUAGAUGAAGAUAUAUAGAAUGAACUAGUUUCUCAUUAAAUAGUUAAUACACAUAUUGUUUUGGGACAUUGGUUGUCAACCCCAGGACGUGUCAACACUCUCGCCUUCUCAACCUUGGGUUUCCCAUUACUAGUUUUCCUGUCCCCUCCUGCCUUCUAGUCCUUGCCCCUGGGCUGAUGUGCCCAUUUAGUCUCCUUUUGUUUUAUGGGCCUGUCUGAUCUUUGGCUGAAGGGUGAACCUCAUGGGUGACUUCAUUACUGAGCUGUAAGUGUAUCUGAGGACCAUAUUCUCAGUGAUUCUCCAGUCUGUCAGACCAGUAAGUCUGGUCUUUUUUUUUUUUUUAAUGAGUUAGAAUUUUGUUCUACAUUUUUCUCCAGCACUGCCUAGGACCCUCUGUUGUAAUCCCUGUCAGAGCAGUCAGUGAUGGUAGCCAGGCAUCAUUUAGUUGUAAGGACUCAGUCUGGUGGAGGCCGUGGUCAUUGUGGUCUGUUAGUCCUUUGGACUGAACUUUCCCUCGUGUCUUUGGUUUUCUUCAUUCUCCCUUGCUCCCAAAGGGGUGAGACCAGUGGAAUAUCUUAGAUGGCCGCUCACAGGCUUUUAAAACCCCAGAUGCUACUCACCGAAGUAAAAUGUAGGACAUUUUCUUUAUAAACUAUGUUAUGCCAGUUGAGCUAGAUGUUCCCCGAGACCAUGGUCCCCAGAGCCCUCAGCCCAGUAAUUCGGUCCCUCUGGGAGUUGGGAUGUGUCUGUGGAGUUUCCAUGACCUUGCCUUGUACUGAUUGUGCUGGCUUCCCUAGUAUUGUGUACUAUCUUAACAGCAGUGGGGGGAAUUUUUAAUGAAGAAACAACAAUUUUUUUUUCACAUGAAAUAUUCCUGUAUCAACUAAUGUAGUCAGAGCUAGCACUUUGUACAUCUGUAAUUAGUAUUAUUGUUGGCACUUUUUAUUUUUUAUUGUUGUAUUAUUGUUGCUAUUGUUAAGUCCUGAAACAGUCUUCUAUCCUGUUAUCUUUUUGCCUUUUCUCUAAAUAGCUGUCUGUCAUCUUGGGCAUGAAAGGGAGUCUCAAUAUUUCUUAAACCAGGCCAUUGCCCUUGCAUAGAGUUAAUUUGGCUUAUUGCUUCCAUCUCCCUCCCCGUACUCUGGUUCUUUUCCUAGUCUUCAACCUACAGUUCCCAAGGUGCACAGAACUGAUUAUACGUGGGACUUGAUUAUCUGUUGGUAACCUGAACUGGGCUGGCCACUAUGAGCAGACUCUGCCGUUAUUGUUGGAUGAAACGCUUUAUCAUAUCCUUCCAAAACAAAUCCAACUACAAAAUAUUGGGAAAUAAUGUAGAUUUACCAAGGGUUUGGGAGGUGGAGUGAAAAGAAAACUUGCCACAUUCAGCAAAAAUAUCACAUUAGACAAUCCUCAGCUGCCAAAACCUCUCUCUUCAAAGGCCACCCCACUCAUCUUUCCGUUCUUUAACUCUCCUCUUUUCAUUCUUACUCUGUACUUUGGGCUCUUUAAUUCAGAUAGUAUAACUCCUUCAGUUCUUCAAUUUUGCUUCCUCAUACCUAUUAUUUAAUACUGCCUUAAAUUAUGAGAAAGCCACUGUGCUGAAAAUAACGGUUUUGCUUGUAGCAGGCUGUAAGCAGCAAGCCUUCCUUAGUAUCCAUGUUAUUUGUGGUGGGGUUGAGAGAAGGUUUACAUAACAAAUAAUUCCCCCAAACCACAAAUUGCCUUCUUCACUUAAUAUAUCGAAGGCAUCCAUGAUAUUAAACCAAAACCAAACCUAGUGCCGUCAAGUCAAUUCCAACUCAUAGCGACCCUAUAGGACAGAGUAGAACUGCCCCAUAGAGUUUCGAAGGAGCACCUGGUGGAUUCCAACUGCCGACCCUUUGGUUAGCAGCCGUAGCACUUAACCACCACGCCACCAGGGUUUCCAUGAUAUUAGGACAUGUAAAUUUAUUUCUCAGUUUUCAGGGGCUUCAUAGUGUUCCAUUAUAUGCAUGUAACAUGAUAUAUUUAGCCAUCUCUGGACAUUUAUCUGAUAUGUUUGCUUUUUUUUUUUUUUUGGCUAUUACAAAUAAUGCUACAAUGAAAACAUAUUUUGCACACUUGAGUGAGUAUGUCUGUAGGGUAAAUUCAUGGAAUUGGUAUUUCUAUGUCAUAAAUAUGUACAUUGUAACAUUUGGUGAAUAUUGCUGUGCAAAAAUUUAUCUUCCCAUCACAAGUGUAAAAGAGACCAUGAAGAGACCAUGUUUCAGUUUUUCCAUAAACUGCCUCAUUUUCUGCGUUUGUUUAUUCAUGUCCGUCUUUGAUGCAGGAAGAGUUUAAGGUGGCUGGCAAGGAAAUAUAAGUAGAGAUAGAUGGGAAGAAAAAAUGGAAAGCAAAGAUAAGGACGUAAAAUGGACUGGUGAAUAAGGUUAUUAUAAAAUUUCAUUCCGUGCCUCAAGCAACCCUCAGAUUUGGCACUAAGCAUUCCAGCAGCUGAUGCAAAAAAGGGAAAGCUGAUCAAUUAUGGAAUCCAUGGCUAAAAACAAAGCCGUCGUUUGGGGGCAUUGUAAAGAGGACAUUGUAUGAUGCAACAAAUUGUGUCUUCAGCAUUGUGACCCUGUGUGAUCCUCCAGCACCCCUGUAUCUCCCCGUUUUCUCAGACCCAAAACAUGUUGCCCGAGUAUAGCCUGUUUUUAGGGGCAUAUGUGCCGAUUAGGUCGGGUGGGGAGCAGCCUGGCCAAGACUGAUAAGCCAGCCUCCUGCCGCUGAAUGAGGCUGACAGCAGUGUACCCAAGAGGAGGCAACGUCCCUUGUACGCAGACCCUCCUUUCUCCUAAAGGACUCUGGGAAUUGCCUGGGAGGAUGGGUAGAGAAGAAAGUCUGUGUAUGUAAACGAGGUCAGGAAAACACUUAAAAAAAAAAAAACUGUUGACAUUGGGUAGAUCCCGACUCAUAGUGACCCUGUAGGAAGACACUAGUGCAGGGGAAUUCCCAGGCUGGAUGUGUGGCUGACAGCCAGGGGAGUGGCCAGAGUCCCGGGUGGACCUGUUCAUGCUGCCCAGGGUGGAGGCAGGGAUCCCCAAGGGAGUGAGGAACCAGGCGACAGCUGUACAAAGUGCAGAUGCCAGAGAAUGGGCUCCUGAAGGAGCUUGGGGUGUUUCAAAUGUUUUGAAACUCUGACAGAGAGAGGAAAUGGGGGAAGCCAGGGUGAGCUGAGUUGGGGUAGGGAGACUGGGCUAAUUAGCUGCCCCAGGUGAGGGGUGGACAGAGAGUAGACUGAGGAUGUGAAGAGCCUAGAACACACUGACUGAUGAAAAGGAGGUCCACCUUUGAGGAAAACAUGAGGGGGCUGAAUACCCUGGAAAAAAGUGACAUGGACCAGCAAAGAAGCCAGUUUGAGCCUUUAUGUUUUUUAUUUUGAUGUAUAGGAUUAUUAGUUUCCCUUGUGGUUACCUUAAUAUUUACCCCUGUUUUUCUAAGUUUAAACCAAUCUUUUAUUUCUUUAUAUCACCAUGACUUCCUCUCCAUAUGAAAGAUCUGUGACAUUUUUUAAUCCCUCUUUUUUAUUUUAAUGUUGUCAUCUUUUACAUAACGACAUCUCUGUUUCCCUAUUUUUAGUGUUUUAGCUUUGAUUUAUUUUUGUGGUUUCCCUAUCUGCGUUGAUAUCUGGUUGCUCUGUCCUGCAUUCUAGCCUUGGCUUGUUAUCUGAUGUUAUUGAUUUUCAAACUGGAGGACUCCCAUUAGUACUUCUUAUAAUUUUGGUUUGGUUUUUGCAAAUUCUCUAAACUUCUGUUUAUCUGGAAAUGUCCUAAUUUCACUGUCAUAUUUGAGAGACAGUUUUGCUGGAUAUAUAAUUCUUGGCUGGCAGUUUUUUCCUUCAAGGCUUUAUAUAUGUCAUCCCAUUGCCUUCUUGCCUGCAUGGUUUCUGUUGAGUAGUCUGAGCUUAGUCUUAUUGACUCUCGUUUGUAGGUGACUUUUCAUUUAUCCUAGUCACUCUUAAUAUUCUCUCUUUAUCUUUGGUUUUGGCAAGUUUGAUUAUAUUAUGUCUUGGUGACUUUCUUUUGGGAUCAGCCUUGUGUGGGGUCCAUAGAGCAUCUUGGAUAGAUGUCUUCUCAUCUUUAACGUUAUCAGGGAAGUUUUCUGCCAACAAAUCUUCAAUGAUUCUCUAUGUAUUUUCUGUUAUUCCCCCCUUUCUGGUACUCCAGUCACUUGUAGGUUAUUCCUCUUGAUAGAAAAAGAAAAAAAAAAGUCCCAUGUAAUUCUUAGGGUUUCUUCACUUUUUUUAACUCUUUUAUCUGAUUUUUCCUCAAAUAUAUUGAUAUCAAGUGCUUUAUCAUCAGUCUCACUAAUUCUGACUUCCAUUGCCUUAGUUCUGCUCCUAUGACUUUCUCUUGAGUUGUCUAAUUCUGAAAUUUUAUAGUUAGUCUUCUGGAUUUCUGUUUGCUGCCUCUCUAUGGAUUCUUGCAGCCUGUUAAAUUUGUCAUUAUGCUCUUCUUUAACCUUCUUAAGUUCCUCUAUUACUUUGUCCGUGUGCUCCUUGGCUUGCUCUGUGUUUUGCCUGAUCUCCUUCCUGAUCUCUUGAAGAGUUCUGUAUGUUAAUCUUUUGUAUUCCACCUCUGGUAAUUCCAAGAAGUCAUCUUCAUUUGGAAGAUUUCUUGAAUUUUUGUUUUGUGAGCUUGCUGAAGCCAUCAUGGUCUGCCUCUUUAUGUGAUUUGAUAUGGAGUGUUGUCUCCAAGCCAUCAAUAAGUUAUUGUAUUUAAUUUAUUUUAUGUUUGCUUACUGUGUCACAUCUUCUUGUUUUGUUUUGUUUUGAAUAUGCCCAACUAGGCUGCUCAUGUGAGCUAAUUUGAUUAUUGGCACCUCCGAAGCUCUAACAUCCUGUCACCAGGUGGUUAGAGCUGUUACUAGGUAUGUGAGCCCAGGAGUCCGUUUACUUUUCUUGUAUGGAUUCAGCUCAGGUAUCCAGGUAGUCAGUCACCAAGAGUGUGGUACAGGCUCUCACCUGCAGUCCUAGGCGGGCAGGGGUGAUUGGUGUAGGCACAGGUGUCUGACUGUGGUAGGGGUCACUCGCUGAGCAAGGCAGGGGGCUGACAGCUGCCCAAGUGUCUGGGAGGGAAGCAUGUCCCUGUUCCCUAAAGCACAUAGGUGGGUGGGUUUUACAGCUGCAAUAUGAGCACCCAGUGCUGUUGGCUGUAAGGACUGGGAGGCACUGCAUAUUCUUGGACCCCUGCCUUGGGUGGCUAGGUGGGAGGGAGUAGAACUAGAGACCAAGUAGAAAAGGAGCUGAGAGAGAUCCCAACAUGAACUUGAAUUUGGAGUCAGGGUGAACUAGCAAGAAAAGAGAGUAACUCCAAGGGUCAGAGCUGGCAGGUCGGCUGGCAAAAAUACAAAACAAAACUGAGUCACAGAAAGUUUUUUGUCCCCAACUCCACUGAGCUGUGGAUAAUUUUACACUCAAGGUACCCACAUACUAUAGUAUGAACAGCUAGGCUCGUCCUGUAGAGAACAUGUUAUCCGGAUAUAUCAGAGACAGGGAAAAAGAAAAGAACAUGUGCCUCGGUGUCAUGAAUAAAGGGGAAAUAUCCCCCUUUGUGAUUCCCUAGGUGAUAGUAGGGGAAAGUUACCCAAGGAGAGGUGUAGGGGAAAGGUAGUAGAAAUCUGAUUGAAGGGACUUUUUUUGAGCAUUACCCUGGGGAGCCACAAAAGGGAGACAAGGAUAUAAGAACAGCAGGAAGCUACAAUGGGAGUAAAAGAAACCUAAAGAAUCAUUGGGACAAGACUAUUGGGGAUACACUGUGACAAGGGGAGAAAACGAGGUACGUUUUCUAGUUAGAGAAGAUUGAUCCAUUCAAGGGGCUUUAAAAUAACUUAAUUUUUUUUUUUCAAGCACAUCCACAGGAAAGUUUGAGUUUUGAAUCAUCAUGAGUUUUGACCAGUGCAGAUGUUCUGGAUUUUAGCUUCACUCACAUGGAUCCUGGUCCACUGUUUAAAACCCUACUGCCCUUCUCAUCAGUCUGCUACCUGGCUGCUUUUGCUAUACCUGGCAGCAUUGCUUCCUCCUCUUCCGCACGUGCAACCUCCCUCCAGCUGAUUGCACUGGCAGAAUGUGGCUGAUGAGGAAAUAUGAUCCAAGCUUAGGCUGUUUUACCAGAAUAUUAUAUAAGUUAAAAAAUAAUUCAGAUUUACAUGUGGAAUAACAUGAAAAUGUAAUAGUAAAGUUUCAAUGUUGGGAUACCGUCUUCUAUUUUAAAAGAGAUUUAAGAAUGAAUAUGUUAGCCAGAUGACUUCAGCUGUCUCAUGUAAUUUAAAUAGCUUUUUAUUAAGACUUUCAAGUCACAGAUGAAAUUAAUUUAUUGGAAUAAUGUGCAGAACAUGAUUGAAUAUGUAAAAUUUUAAUAAGAAAUGGAGCAAAGGUUACAAAAAGAGACCUAUUUUCUUAUUGUCUAGAUAGCCACCAGACUUAAAACAAACCAAACCCAUUGCUGUCCAUUCCAUUGCGACUUAUAGCAACCCUAUAUAUAGGACAGAGUAGAACUGCUCCAGACAGUUUUCAAGGAGCGGCUGGUGGAUUCGAACUGCCAAUCUUCUUGGUUAGCAGCCGAGCUGUUAACCACUGUGCCACCAGGGCUCCCUAAAUAGCCACAAUUUUCAUUAAUGUCAUGACCUGAAAUCUUGAUGAAGACUCCUGAAAUCCCUUUAAAAUUUAUUCAUCCAAUGAACAGUGCUGGAAAGGUCCCAACUUUGAUCAAUGUAAUGAUUUUGAUUUCAAACUCCCACCCAGUUAAGAUUCUUAAUCAUUUUCUUGUAACAGAGAGCUCUGACCAAAACACAGGGGUAGGAGUAUUACACAAAGGUUUUUUCUCUUUUUCUUCAUCUCUGAUUACCCAGAGAACAACCACAGCAAAAUGUGGAGGAGAGCAGAGGGCACUUUUGCUCAAAAGAACAGAAUUCGGUAGUAGAACAUACUGGUGAGGCUUCUCCUUCCCAGGGUGGUUUUCGUGAAGAUUUUGUUCCCCUCAGUUGGGUGUAGCCUUGACAGGAGAAGGUGGGGAGCCAGGAGCCUGGACCAUCAGCCCCAACUCAGAUGCUCUUAGGGCAGGAGAAGGCUCCCCAUCCUUUUUUGUUUAUCCUUUAUUCCAGACCCCUGCCUUGAAAAAUAGUUUUUGCUUAGUAUGUAGAUUAAAAAAGGAAAAAAAUAAAAAAGUGCCAUUGAGUCAUUUUCAACUCAUGGCAACCCCAUGUAUGACAGAGUAGAACUGUGCUCCACAGGGUUUUCAGUAGCUCAUUUUUUGGAAGCAGAUCAACAGACCUUUCUUCCAAGGUGCCUCUGGAUGGACUUGAACUGACGACCUUUCAGUUAACAGUUGAGUGCAUUAACCAUUUCACUACGCAGGGACUCCACCUUAUCUCGUAUCAGUAUGCAGUUCCCAGUGGUCUUGAGUACAUAAACCUUUGAGUAAGAGCGCUUAUCAAAGUUUCUGACUUUUUUGAGGCCUGAAUCCAACAGCUGCAAGUAAUUUUCUCAUGCUUCAGAAACAGUGAAAAACAAUGGAAGAAACAUGGAUUUUGGAGUUAGACCAACCUGAACUGAAAUCCUGGCAUCUCCUCCACUUACUGAAUAUAUAAACCAGUUGCCACCCAGUCAAUUCCAAUUCAUGGAGACUUCAUGUGUGUCAGAGUAGAACUGUGCUGCAUGGCGUUCUCAAUGCCUGGUUUUUUGCAAGUAGAUCAACAGGCCUUCUGAUCAAACCUCACCCUUUUUGUUACUGGCUGAGCAAGUAAACCAUUUGUACUACCCAGGGAUUCCAGUAUAUGAAUACCAAGUAUAUAUUUCUCUAAGAUAUCUUUUGGCGCUUCAAAUUAUAAUGUUUUAAGAUAAUGUCCUUUUCUACCAUGAUCUUAAGCAGCUUGUAUAGUGCUGAACUUCAAAAAUGUAUAUAGCAUGUAUAUUCUGACUAAUAUAGGUAAUUUACUACUUCAUAAUUUCAGCAGCAACAACAGUCCACACUCAAACUUCUUCCCCAGCACUACUGAACUGGAGUCAUUGCAAAGCAUUUUAGGCAAAAGCGUUGUGAGAGUUGAGGAUUGUUCUCCCAAAACUCCACCACCUUCUGCAGUUCUGGGGUUUUCUGCCUUGGCAUCUAACUAGGCGAGAGGUUCAAGCACACUUGAAUCAGAACCCGUGCGACCUGUGGGCUGCCGAAUUUGCAGGUGGCGUUCUCCUCCAGGUGGAAGUCUUACUUCCUCUGGUUCACACCACCUGGCAGGAGCCCCAGAGAGGUGGAAUUCCAAUGGAUUGUGUUUGGGCCUCCAGAAACUACGGCAGAAGGUAUUUACUGGGUUAGUAUGACCCAACACACAAAUAUGUGAACACAGAGUAGUCACUUCCCACGGCAGCCAGAAGGAGCUAUGCAGUUCAGGUUGUGAAAUAGCACCUGUAGUUACUUAGAAGGGCGUUUGGAAUUCACAGAGAGGUUGGUUUUGUUUUAAACUCUGCUUAUUGCGCUAGUAGUAGACAAUGGGUGUUGAUUACGCUUUAUUCUCCUUAAUAUAAGUGCUUCUCGAGGGAGGCGUUUGCCGUGUUUCUCCAGGGAGACGUGGUGACAUGGAAUUAGGUCUUGAAACCAGGUGUAUGGCAAAAAUAAAUAACCCUAGAGAAAAAAAUACCGAAAUUAAAAGUAAAUGUGAAAAUAUGAGACUAUGAACAAAAGUACAUUUGCAUUCAAGACAAGAAGAUAGAAGAGAAAAUAUUUUAAUACUCUGACAUUAUAUGAUGUAGAGAAAUAGGUACAUAAUUUUUGUUGUGUAUGAGGGAAUGAGAUAAAUUACGCAGAAAGCAAAUUUUCUCCAUUGCUGGAGGGUACUUGGGAUUGGUAUCAAAGAUCUCUUGAACUUGCACGUGGAUUCAGUGUUGUUUUUUUACUUUGUCUCAACAUAUAGGUCCCAAAUAUUGAACUUGCUCCCCCAUUUCUUUUUUUCAUUUGAACAAGAGGCAGGUGAGAAUAAAUGCAAACAUACAAUUGUAAAAGCCUCUCUCUUCCUCCACGUAACUUUUGACAGCAGCUACAGACAAUGAAACCUGCUGGGGAUGCAAGUGGAUCCUGGUAAGGUAUUACCAGGUGGGAGGAACAUGCUGGUGGAAGAAUCCAGCCUUCAUUUAAUGAAUGAUGUCAACGCCUGUGAUUUUGAAUGGCAUCCUUGGAAAUCUCGGCCCCUCCCUAGGUGCCCAGGGCUAGGUGAGACAAGUAGGAAGAGAAGAGAAAGAUUAUAUCUUGUUAAUUGACCUAAUCUCAUCUCCUCCCGCAUGACUAUAGAUGAUUUAUAACACAGAACUUCCUUUAAUUUCAUCAGACUGCCUCACCCAGAAACAAUGUACGAUGUAGGGUGGUGAUUGUGAACAAGGAGAUACUUUGCCCUUAACUCUUGUCAUUAUUUCCUCCAUGAACUUAGGAAAAGCUGACGUGAACUCACUUUGUGUUUUUUUUUUUGUUGUUCAGUGCAACUUUAAUCGAUCAAAUUCUCUGUUCCAAACAGAGUGUGAAGCCCACCCAUUAUAUUCCUAACUUUGUAUUAUAAAUGUUGGACUCUGCAAAAGCCGCAACAGUAGUGGUGGAACGGUGUGGAUAAUGAAAGUUUUGGUCUCGGAAAGAAAAAGGAAAAUCUGUUCAGAAUUGCAAAGCCAAGGAGUCUGGCAGUUAUCCUCAUAUUUCUAGGUGAUUAGACAAAUUGUUAGUUACCACAUAUGUAAUUUAUUAGUAAUUGCUCUAAUUUGCCUCCUAAAUUUCUAAGUUGCCAGUUCACUGAGAUCAACGAUUUUGUAUCCAUAAAAUAGAAAUCAUGUGAUAAUUUAAUGAAGUAGCUAGCCAGUUAGGGCGGUUUCUGUGCAAAUGCAGUUAUUGCCAGUGUAGUUUAGAAAGUAAGGGAGAAAUAAGUGUCCAACGUCUUAGCAACCUAGUGACUGAUAUCACUCACUGGGACGAAAAUGUUACACACAAAUUUUCCUUUUGUGGAUGCAUGGAUACUAAGAUAAAUGGCUUCCCUUUUGGUUGUGUUGCACUCUAAAAGGAAAGGCAUUCUUGCUCCAUAGAGCAUUGUAGGGACAGCUGUGUGAUGGGUGCUGGAGCCCUCCAGUGGGUGGUCUGGGAGGCUGGAAAGUCUGCAAAUGAAGGCAGAGCAGUGCUAGACCCUCAACAGGGAUGCUGCAGGCAGGGUCAGCAUAGGACUUUUAUUUUUUAUUCUCAAAGCAAAUGUUCUAAGUCACUCAAAAAAUAAUGAACUGACUUCAGGUAGGACUAAAAGAAAGUAAACGCAAAAAUGUUUUCUUGUGGCCAGCCCGUCAGGUCCUUGUCUUUUCCUGAGUCUCCUCAAUUUACUAACAGAAACAUUUUUUACCUACAUUCUCUACUGAAUAGCCAAAAAAGCUGAGGUCUCAUUCUUCCGCAUGUGCCGUCAACAAAACCAUAAAGUCCCUUCUGCGGCCUGAGGUCUGUUCUUGCUGAUUUGUAAGAGGCAGGAAUACAGCUUAACAUUUGGUUCUCAGGUUUGAGCUUGCGGGCCUGGAAAUGGCAGAAAAUAGCAGAAAGAAGUUUUAGCUGACCUUUCAGAAAAUUUGAAUGGAGGUGACAGGACAAAUAUGAAUUCAUCAGGAUGUUUUUGGAAAGCCACUCAUUUGCCCAGCUUAGCUGGCAACCAUCCUGGGACUGAUAAAAUUCCCUUGCAGUUCAUCAGAAUUUAACUUUGGCUCAAUCUGUCAAAGUCACAACCACAUCUCUCAUGAGUAUCAUUUGGCCAUAGGUCAAGUACAUUAUCACAAACAGAGUGGGUGUUCUUGAAAAGCAUUCUUAACCCACAGCUGAUGUCCACAUACACUGAGCAAUAUAAAAUGCCAGAAAAUAUCCGAAAAACAAAAUAAUUUAGAUGAUCCCUGCUAAUUUUAUAGAAUUGAGACACUUUCCUAACGACCAAACUACAGUUGGAAAAAUGACUGUGGGCCUGGAAACUGAAAUGAGACUGUAAAUGCCUGGAAAUUUUAACCCGAUUUGGAAACUACAUUUAUGGCAUCUGAAAUUCCCUAGUAUACUGUUAUAUUCAUCACCAAGGAGGACCACCAGAUGAGCCUCCUGGCUUACUGCUUGCUUGAUCAGUGUUAGGUAAGCAUCUGGUCAGGAUGGUCUGCCCAUUUCUGUAAAGCAGUGCUACUCAAAGUGUGGUGAGGGGCCAGCAGCACCAGCAGCAUCUGGAAGUGUAUUAGCAAUGCAAAUGUGUGAGCUCCACCCUAGCCCACUGUAGCAGAAUCUCUGUGGACGGAGCCCUUGAAUCUGAAUUUUAACAAGCUCCCAAGGUGAUUCUGAUGCUCACCCCGGUUUGCGAAGCACUAUUCUUAGGGUCUCUGGAACAAACUGUCGCCAGCAAUCGAUGGUUUGUGGUUGUGCUUGAAUGGCUUUCUUUCUGAAGAUGAAGCAAGAGUGGCCAUCUAUGCUGUCCUGUCUUGGUUGGAAGCCAGGUCCCAGCUGCUGACUUUUUUCUUCUUUUUUCUACACAACUUUUCUCAAUGCCUGGACCAGAACCGUGAAGCACCAUACGCUGAAAUUGUCUUAAGAUUAGCAGUCUGUGUUUUUAAACUUGGAAAUAGAAGAAGCUCCUCCUAACCAUUUUUGGACAAUUUUAAUUUGUGUACUGAGGUUUGACCAUACAUAUAAAUAAUAAUAUGUACUUUUCCAGAAUAAGCUCUCUGGAUAUCUUAGCCAUCUUCAAUGUAGCAAAAAACUAGAACAUAGAUUUUAAAAAAAAAAAAAAAGGCCUCUGAUUAUCCAACAUAUGUAUCAUAAAAACUCUGCACCAAAGCUCACAAAUUUUUUUAAGAAGAGGAGAAAAUAUAUGCAAAUCAUAUAUCUGGAAAGAUUCUAGUAUUCAGAAUAUAUUUUAAAAACUUUAGAACUCAACGAUAAAAAAGACAAAUACCAGUAAUUCAAUUUUAAAAAUGGGCAAAAACUUUGAAUAGAUGUUUCCCUGAAGAAGAUAUACAAAUGACCAGUAAGCACAUUAAAUGAUGCUGAACACCAUGAGUCAUUAAAGAAAUGUAAAUCAAAGCCACAAUAUCACUUCACACCCACUAGGAUGGCUAUGAUAAGAAAGAUGGACUUAAAUAACAGGUAUUGGCAAAUUUGUGAGAAGUUAGAACCCUCAUGUAUUAAUGGUGGGACUGUAAAAUGGUACAGCCACUGUGGAAAACAGUUGGGCAGUUCCUCAAGAAGUUAAACAUAGAGUUACCAUCCAAACAAAAAAAACCAAACCUGUUGCCGUCAAGUCAAUUCCAACUCAUAGCAACCCUAUAGGACAGAGUAGAAUUGCCCCAUAGGGUUUCCAAGGAGCAGUUGGUGGAUUUGAACUGCCGACCUUUUGGUUAGCAGCCGAGUUCUUAACCACUGCACCAUCAGGGCUCCAGAGUUACUGUAUGACCCACCAAUUCUAGCCCUAGGUGUAUACCCAAGAGAAUUGAAAACAUAUUUUUACACAAAUGUUCAUAGCAGUAUUAUUCAUAGUAGCCACAAAGUAAAACAACCCAAAUGUCCACCAUCUGAUGAAUGAACAAACAAAAUGGUAUAUUCAUACAAUGGGACAUUAUUUAGCCAUAAAAGGAAUGAAGUACUGAUACAUGCCACAACACGGAUGGACCUUGAAAACAGUAUGCUAAGUGAAAGAAGCCAGAUACAAAAGGCCAUAUGUCGUAUAAACCCAUUGCCAUCAAGUCGAUUCCAACUCAUAGCGACCCUAUAGGACAGAGUAGAACUGCCUCAUAGGGUUUCCAAGGAGCGACUGGUGGAUUUGAACCACCAACCUUUUGGUUAGCAGCCGAGCUCUUAACCACUGCACCACCAGCACCCUGUAUGUUAUAUGAGUUCAUUUAAAUGAAAUGUCCAGAAUAGGCAAAUCCAUAGAGACAGAUUACUGGUUGGUAGGGACUCAGGGCAGGGGGAAAUGAGGAGUGACUACUAAUGGGUAUGGGAUUUCUUUUAGAGUGAUGAUAAUGGUAUAGAAUUUGAUAGUGAUGAUUGUUGCACAACUUUGUGAAUACGCUAAAAACUACUGAAUUUGUACACUUUAAAAAUGUGAAUUUUAUAGUAUGUGAAUUAUAUUUCCACCUCCCCAGAACUCUGUACCCCUUUGCAGCCAUUCGUCCCAAUCUAACACCUACCUUGCCCUAGGCAACCGUUGAUUGGAUUUCUGUCACUCUUGAUUAGUUUUGCCUCUAGAAUUUCAUAUAAGCAAAAAUCAUACUGUGUAGGUUCUUGUGCUCAGCUUCUUUCUUUCAGCAUGCUAUCUGUAAGACUUAACCAUGUUGUAGUUCAUUCUGUUUUAUUUGCUGAGUAGUAUUUCUUUGUAUAGAUUUACCAUAAAUUGUCCAUUUACCCUGUUGUUUCCUAUUUGGGAUUAUGAAUAAAAAUGGUACAAGUCUUUUUAUGGACAUGUGUUUUCAUUUCUCUUGGAUAAAUACUUAGCAGUGAAAUUGCUGGUCAUAUGUUAAGUAUAUGUUUAACUUUAUAAGAAACUGGCACAUUCUUUUCCCAAGCGUUUGCACUAUUUUACACUCUUACUAGCAAUUCAUGAGAAUGCAGUUAGAGCCAAUAAUCUUGACCUAUGAGUUAAUAGAGAGAAAAUUGUCUUUCUAUCCUUUAAUGGUUUUCCCCUCACAUUUGCUGACUAUUUUGUCUGCUGCUUUAGGAACUUCAUCUUGUAUGUCUUAGUUUCCUAGUGCUGGCAUAACACCAAUACCACAAGUGGGUCGCUUUAAAGAACAGGAAUUUAUUUUCUCACAGUUCAGGAGGCUGUAAGUCUAAAUUCAUAGCGUGGCUCUUGGGGGAGGCCCUUUUAAGUAGCUCCAUCAGGUCCUUGAUGUUCCUCAGGUUCUUUGGUGUCUGUCUUUCCCGUGUGUGUGUCUCUGUGUCUAUUCUCAUUUUAUAACUCACAAGUGAUUGUGUUUAGGACCCACACACUCCUGUAAGAUCUCAUUAACGUAACAAAAGAAAACCCUUAUUUCUAAACAAGAUCAUGUUUACAGUUUUGCAGGUUAUGAUUUUAACACAUGUAUUUUUUUGGAGGGGGGCACAAUUCAAUCCAUAACACUGCAUUUAUAUAAACCUUCCCCGUAUGGUUCCAGACCCAUCUUAGGCUUCAGCUGUCCUUACUAUUAUUAUACUCUUAAUUGCGUGGCACAAAUGGUUAAGUUCUUGACUACUAGCCAAAAGGUUGGCAGCUCAAACACGCCCAGAGGAACCUCGAGAGACAGGCCUGGCAAUGUGCUCCUGAAAGGUCAUGGCCUUGAAAACCCUGUGGAGCAGUUCUACUCUGCACACGUGGGGUUGCCAUGAGUUAGAAUCAGUUCAACAGCAACUAGUAACAACAACGGUAUCUCGACUAGAGUUUUAAGCACAAAAUGUUUUUCUUCCAACACUGAUAGCUGAAAACUGUAAAAAGUGUUUGUCUUUUUUUUUUCUAAUUAGUAGGCAGUGUAUCUGAUUGAAUUCUUGAUCAUCCAACAUUUUGGUGAUUUUUAUUUGUUCACCCUUUUAAAUGUCAAUAUUCUGUGGAUGUUAGCACCUCUUUUCAUGAAGAGGGGGCACUAUAGUUUAGCGACAAAGAGCUCUAGCUUAAAGAGGACCAGCAUUAGAAUCUUGGCUUAUUUCCAUGGGCCCGUUCUUUAAAUUACAGAGCCUUGGUUUUCUCAUCUGUAAUUUGGGUGGCUAGGGAUUGUAUUUAAACAUAUAGCAUAUGAGAGUUACAAACACAAUAAUCUCAUGUAUGUACAGCGUUUGGCAGUGUUCCUGGUCCAUAUUUAUUGCUCAACAAAUGAAAACCUAAAAAAGAUGUGUUCUAAUGUGUUUGAAGAAAGAACUCACCAUAAGAAACACAGGCAUAUCAAAAAAAAAAAAAAAAAAAAACUUGAAAGUAGAGACUCAAACACAAAUAUUUGUUGCAGCACUAUUCACAAUAGCCAAAACAUGGAAACAACCUAAAUGCCUAGCAGCAGAUGAAUGGAUAAAAUGUGGUACAUACAUGCAAUGGAAUACUACUCAGCCAGUGGGAGAAACAAAAAGUCUUGAUACAUUAAAAAAAAAAAAAAAUUUUUUUUUUAUACAUACUACAAUAUAAAUGGAGCUUGAAGACAUUAUGCUUUGUUAAAUAAGUCAAUCAAAAAAGGACAAAUAUUGUAUUACCUUACUUACAUAAAAAGACAAGAACAGGCAAAUGUAUAGAGACCAAAGUUUCUUAGUUGUUACCAGGGGCAGGAAGGAGGGGGAAAGGGAGAAUUAACAGUGAUGGAAAAAUCACAUUGAUUAAGGUAGGGUUGCACAGCCGAUUAUUGUAAUUGCUGUGAAUAAGUUGUACAACUGUAAAAAGUUGCAUUGGCAAAAGUUGUGUGAUAGAUAUAGUUACAACAACAACAAAAAAAGCAUACUUGCUGAGGCUGCCUAUCUACAACCAAAAACCUCAUGGGAUUUUGUUCCUUGGUGUGGAGACUAGGGUCAUGGUUUCAUGGAACAUCCUAGUUAAUUGGCCUAAUAACAUGUUUAGUGCUUCUGUUCUACCUCCUAGUUCCAUGCAUAGUGCCUGGAGUCUUAAAAGCUUGCACACGGCUAUCCGAGACACCACAAUUGAUCUCUGUUCACCUGGAGCAACAGAGGAAAAAGGAGUCAGAAGUAGGAGGAGAAAAUGAAUUGUGUGGCUGACUACCUCCGUGAAUAACUGCCUCCUUUGCCAUGAGACCAGAAGAACUGGAUGGUGCCUGGCUACCAUUACUGAACAUUUUAAUCAAAGAUUCUGUAGCAGAAUCCUGAUCAAAAGGGGUAAAGUGCAUAACAGAUUUUCAAAUUUUCAUGGACUUUCUGGAGCCAUAGAGGCUGCAUGAACCCCUGAAACUACUUCCCUGAGAUAAUCUUUAAACCUCAAACCAAAAAUAUCCCCUGAAAUCUUCUUAAAACCAAACAAUAAUUUAGCUUAACUAGUAACAAAAUGUCUGCCUUGAGCAUUAUGCUCUUUUAAGAAUUUCUACGGUAUAUGGGAUCAAAGUGACAACAGCAACUCGAAAGAUUAAAUAGGAACCUUAGGGGGCAGUGAAUUUAUGUUAAUGGGGGAGGAACAACUCAGGAAAGCAGGAUGAGAAUGGUUGUACAUCUCAAAGAAUGUAAUCAAUGUCACUAAAUUGUACAUGUGAAAAAAAUGGUUAAAUUCGUGUAUGUUUUGCUGUAUAUUCUCAACAACUACAACAACAAACAUACAGACAGAUACACAGACACACAGAUGUAUUUUUAGAAUAUAAAUUCCCUUACCUUUCUUGCUUUGAAAACAUGCACGAGCAUGUUUUCUCUCUCCCCUUUGAGGUCAGACAGGCUCACAUUCCACUAGCCUCCAACAAGUCCCAUCUUUUUCAGGGUUUUUCUUGACCCACCAUUCACUUCUGCCAGGGCUAGCUCACCUGAUCAUAAGCCUGGAAACAAAACUGGCUCACUGUGUUCCUGUCUGCAUCAGUUUACAGCUAAUUUCAGACUGAAACAUCCUGCUUCCUUCCAGAAGUUGGCUUUGGCCUGCCAUGUGCUCAGGAGACAUAUAAGACCUAUGGUCUGAGGGAUUAAGAUUCAUUUGUUAAGUGGAGCCCCCAGCCUAGGGGUUGGAAUCUCUCUUACCUCUUUUUCUUGAAAAACAACCCUUAUAGGACAAUAGGAAAAAACUCACUGGACUCACAUCUUAAAAUUCCAGAAAACCACUUUUAAUUUUCCAAGGACCUAAACCAUAAGAGAAGGAGACUCCCCCGUCUUAGGUUUUCCAUUUAAAUAUUAUUUUGCAUCUGUUUCUCUUUGCACUUGUGCUUAGUGCCUUUAUGGAGUCAAUAUUGGAUCUUCCUCAGCUGUUGCAUCUAGAGGAAUCAAAGUCUGUCAGGAGAUGAACGAAUCAAUGGAUCAUACCAAUAAAUGUUAAUCAAGCAACCCAAUGUGUUUAUGUAUAACUAGCAAAAAGAGCAAUCAGGGAAACUCAGAUUGAGCCAGCCUAUGACAUCGGACUAUUUGGUUGAACACUAUAUUGAGGCAAAAUCUUGUUAUCCUCCCCGUUUAUAUGUAUUUUAUAUAUAUAAAAUAGAGAUAUAUAUGUGUAUAUAUAAUUAUAUAUAUAUUUAUACAUAUAUAUAACUAUAUGAUUUCAGUAAUGGCAACAAUAGUUAAACUAAAUAUGCCCUUGUGAGUCUGUAACUUGUUACCAGGUCCAUUUUUUUAUAUGUAUACCUAAUUAUGUAUCUAUUUUUAUGUAUACACUCAUAGCGACCCUAUAGGACAGAGUAGAACUGCCUCACAGAGUUUCCAAGGAGCGCCUGGCAGAUUUGAACUGCCAACCCUUUGGUUAGCAGCCAUAGCACUUAACCACUACGCCACCAGGGUUUCCAAAUUAUAUAUACACAUAUAUAUAUUUAGUUAUACAUAUAAAACUACAUAUAACAAGGUCAUACAUAUAUGAUGAUCUUGUUGUUGUUAGUUGUCAUUGAGUCAUUUCUGACUCAUGGCGACUCCAUGUGUGCAGAAUAGAACUGCUCCAUAGGUUAUUGAAGACUGUGACCUUUGGAAGCAGAUCACCAGGCAUUUAUAUAUAUGUAUUUUUGGAUCCACCAGCGGCUCUUCGCAAACCCUAUGGGGCAGUUAUACUGUGUCAUAAAGAGUCGCUGUUAGUCAGAAUCGACUCAGUGGCAACGGGUUUGGUUUUUUGGUUUUAUGUGUAUGUGCACGUGUGUGUGUGUGUAAUUGUUAUAUUAGACUGGAAGGGAACUACCGUGGAACAUCUAAUACCCUCAUUUUCCAGAUGAAGAAAUUAAAAUCCAGGAAAGUGAAAUGACUGACCCACAGAGAAACAGCCAGUUAAUUGAAUUUCAGAAUCAAUCAGCAGAUAUACAUUGUGUACUUGAAUUCCAUGAACACUGGCAGUUUGUCCAAAGCUUUAUUUCCUGACUUCUCACAUUGCAUAAAGACCAUGUUAAUGGCAGAGACCCAUCUUCAUUCAUUUACAUGCUGCUGCCUCCCUAACUCUGUAGAACAAGGAAAUAUAUUGCAUAUUUAUAUUAAGUUUUGUAGAUGACUUUUUGUUUACAUUGUGAAUGGGUAACCAUGGUAGCUUUGUGUUGCCACUGUCAAGCCUGUCAAUAUAAUUGUGUAGUGGUAUCGCUGGAGUUGGGAAACAACAAUUAAUAUUCUUCAUUGUGUUUAUAUUUAGCAGUGACUGUUAAUGGUGUAAUUAUAGGAUGUAAACAAGCUACACCCAGAGUGAGCCCAAACGACUAAAUGAUUGCCUGGGGACCUGAGUUGCCCAAUGCAUAUUGCACUCUGAAAUGAAAAUAUCCAAGCACAGACAACUUUAUUAUGACUUUUUGAGGAGUCCUGGUCAGAUAUAUUGUAGAAUGUUCCUCAAUCAAGAUUUGUCUGAUGAUUUUCUCAUGAAUAGACUGAAGUUAUGGGUUUUGGGGAGGAAGACAACAAAGAUGGCAAUCCUGUAUGAAUGUGGAAGCCAUUAGCAGAGUAAUUGCCGUCUGUUACCAUGACAACCAGCCGCUGCAGUCACCUGCCCGAAGUCCUGCCAGACUGCACCAGCUCGGCCGUGCCCGUGGUGAAGACCGUGGAGGAUUGUGGCAGCCUAGUGAGUGGGCAGCCACAGUAUGUCAUGCAAGUUUCAGCCAAGGAUGGGCAGCUGCUGUCAACAGUAGUGCGGACUCUUGCCACCCAGAGUGGCAGAUUGGGAGUCAAAACUCUUCUUGCUACAGGCCACCAGGCUAAUGGGUGCUCCUUGGCUUCUCCAGCCUUCUUUCAGAACAGCCCUUUCAACGACCGGCCGAUGUGCAGGAUUUGCCACGAAGGCAGCAGCCAAGAGGACUUGCUCUCUCCAUGUGAAUGUACAGGGACUCUGGGGACAAUUCAUCGGAGCUGCCUGGAGCACUGGCUGUCAUCCUCAAACACCAGCUACUGUGAACUCUGCCACUUCAGGUUUGCAGUCGAGCGCAAACCCAGGCCGUUAGUGGAGUGGCUCAAAAACCCAGGCCCCCAGCAUGAGAAGCGGACUCUGUUUGGAGACAUGGUGUGCUUCUUGUUUAUAACGCCCCUGGCUACCAUCUCGGGCUGGCUCUGCCUGCGGGGCGCCGUGGACCACCUGCACUUUAGUAGUCGGCUCGAAGCCGUUGGACUGAUUGCACUCACUGUCGCACUCUUCACUAUUUACCUCUUUUGGACACUAGUGUCAUUUAGGUACCAUUGUCGAUUGUACAACGAAUGGCGUCGGACCAAUCAGAGGGUGAUUCUCCUCAUUCCAAAGUCUGUCAACGUACCUUCUAACCAGCAGUCCUUGUUGGGCCUCCAUUCAGUCAAGAGGAACUCAAAGGAGACAAUUGUUUGAUGCUUGCGUGGGUGGUUAGUUGACUAGUUUCCGGUCUGGAAGUUUCUGCACUGGGGCCAUGAACUGAGCCACCCCUAAUCCCUUCCUUAAGGCUGUGGGUCUGAGAACAGCCAGAGUUGUGUUAGCACGUUGCCCCAAGCAACAAACUCUGCCGGAAGAAAGCAAAUGCUGUUUUACUUCAAAUCAUGGAUGCUGCAAUCAUAUGAUAUUUGCUAAGCUGCCAAACAUGUUUAUUUAGCAGAUACUGUAUGGAAUUUUCUCAACACUUCUUUAACAAAUGAGGAAGGUGGUCCUGCUAAGGAUGAAAUUCUUCCUUUUUUAUUACUAUUUCAAAUAUAUAUAUAUAUUAAACUUAGACAUAAUCGAAAUCAAAAAGCCAAUGGAAAAACUGGUUUCUUGGUUUGGAUGGGUUUUGUUUUGGCUAGUUGAUUUGUUUCCUGGUUUGUACUGUAUAUUCUUUGGGGCAGUUUGAUAACUUGAGUGGUCUUUUUCAUCUCUCUCACAUCUCUCCUCAAGGAGACAGCAUACCGACUUCAGAACAAGUCAAAUUGGAAGGAUGUUUUGUACUAAACCUCAUUUAAUUAUUACGUUUUUAAAGGGAAAAAAAAAAGGCAUGGGAACUCUCCACACAGUGAGCUGUUUAUUUAAAUACCAUUAAAGAGUAAAAAAAAAAUUAUGGUGAGAAGCACGCUCCUUUCCACUUGUUUAGUACUGACAGCUGAUAGAAGCUAUUUUCUAAUAAUAAGUAUACAGUGUGUGAAAGACAAACCCCACUGAUUGCAGCACUCUUGUUUUAUCCUAAGACCUGCAAAGUUUCCCAAAGUAGCUUUGAAAACAAGAAAAAGAAAAAAGGUUGGUGUUCUUACUCCCAUCUCGUGUGGUACAUGUCUUAAUUCUGCAUUUGUAAUGAACUGGAGGAUCAUUAGACAUUUCUAGGAACUCUGGACCUGUUUUGCAUAUCAAUUAGCAUUCUCCUUGCUCUAUUGAAUUUCUAGCUUGACAGGUAGAUGUGGCAAAAAAAAAAAGCCGGUCCUGGCAGCAUGCUUUUAGUCGAAGACCCCUUCGUCUGGUUUUCAAAAAAAAAAGCCUCACACAGUGCCUCCCCCAACCAUAAGCCAGUUCUGUUACACGCUGAUACAGACAUUUUCCAAGGGCUGCAUGUUCCUUUUGUAUCGAUCGCUGCGUAAAGGUCUGAUCAGGACCCUGCAUCGUGCGCCCACUGAAGCCAGGGAGCUGGUGUGUCUUCCGAGCAAAGCCUUUUGCGUGGGUUGGCGCUCUGGCUCCCGGCUGUCUGCCCACCCACACACUCUGCAAGGAGUGGGCGGAGCACGGCUUCAGGGGGAAUGCUUAAAAUAUGGAUUUCUAGAACAUGACCCACAUUCUGAAUAUGAUUCCAGCAUUCUGCUUCUUGCUUCCCAAGUGGGAGAGCUGAAAGUGCAAAGGAGCGGGCAGCAAGGAGGGUAACGGUUUUCGUCUACAGGUUGAUCAUGCUGAUGCAGGUGUCUGUUUUGUCAGCCGAGCCCUCCGUUCAGGGACCCGCCCCCCCUUCCGCGCUGCCUGGGGAGGGACACAGCUGUAUGCUCUUAACUGCACAACUCAGAUGUACUUUAUGGCUUGUGACAAUAGAUUUCUUCCCUUCCGUGUUUUGCUUUGACACUUCAAUUCCAGUAAUAUACAUCUCAGCCCUUCUGUUUACUCGACCCUGAUCACCCCUCUGGGCUGUCAUUAGCUGCGCCACCAUCAACCGAUUCUUAAUUGACCUUUUUAAAAUGCUGGACACCACUGGCUGCGUGCAGCUGUCACACAUUAAAUUUCCGGAGUAAAGAGUCCAACUUGGUAACUGGUGAACUACAGUCCUGUAAUAUCCUCGAGAGAUGACAACCACCCAGCCUUGGUCUCUGGGCUGUCAGGUUAACCAGUGACGCCUCUAAACUGGACCAGCACCAAUAUUCAGGAGAGGACCAUACCCUUUCUCUUCUCUGCUUUCAUGAAUCCAUAAAUUAAGGGAGACAAGGGGUGCCAGGAUCAUUUCCUGUGGAGGGUUAGCUGGAGCGGAUCUCUGCUUUCUUUUAAUGACAAUAUCAGAGACAGGCAAGUCCCAGGCAGGUAGUCCUGUGCUGGGAAAAGUUGGCAUUUUAGUACUGUGCCAUGCCUCUUUCCCCCACAUUUGCAUCCACACUCUGGGAAAUAAAGCAGAAUCCUAGAUACAAGGAGUAGGUUGUAUGCAGGGUGGUGGGCAGGACGUUCCUGUAGCUCGGAAGAGCAUCGGUGCCUCCCUAACCAACCACCAUCUUGGGACCUCCUUGUGAGAGACUCUGGUCUCCAUCAUCACCAGCGGCCAUCUGGGAUUCUGAAAAUUCUUGGAGGAUACUCCUCCCCUCUUGGUCUUUUAACCCUGAGGCUGUUAAAGGUAGGAGAGAUUAGGGGCUACAGCGUAUGCACAAGGGUACCCAGUCUCGAGGACAAGAAGACAGGUGGAGGCUGCGAUCCAGCCUCUGCUCCAGUCACCAGGCCACGAUCCAUUGAAAGAAGAAGGGGAGUAUCUGCUUCUUGCUAAUUGGCGCAAAGGUGCCCUAUAGUUUAGGAGCGGCCAUGCUAACUUUGUACCCUUUCUUAGCCUUUCGCUUUGUGAAGAUCAAGAACGAAGCAGAGGGAAGGAUGGAGGAGCGGGGCGGGUAAGGGAUCCCAGGGGCUUACUGCUUGCCUUCCCCACAGUCCUCUCUCAUCCAUGCUCCUUGCAGGGACCCUAUCCUAGCCACUGUUCUUAAGGAUGUUAUGUGGUGACAAAUGUGUGUCACCAUGAAGCCAGAGGGAAAAUUAACAACUAGAGUCCAGUGUGCCUUUGCCUGUCCUCUGUGUGUGUGUGUAUAUGUGCGCGCGCGUAUUCUCAUUUGGAGUAAGGACAGAGAACACAGAAAGCAUUCACAGAAAUUCUACAACUCCUCAGAGACUGAGCAGAAGCCCAGAUAAGCUGUAAAAUCUGAUUAAGAAAAAAUAAAUGGCGUAAUUUGGAAGUUACUUGUCUUUCAUUGUCCUGGUCUUCCUUUCCCUGCACUGAGUGCCUGGGCCUGCUGUGGAUUAUCACUUUCAGCUGGGCUGUAGCUACAGCCCUUUCAUUUUCAGUUAAAGUAACUCAUCUGGAUGUGUGGAGAAGCCAAAGGAGAAAAUGGAAGUGAAACAGCAGCCCAGCUGACCCAGCUUGAGCUUCCGUCUCUGCCUGGGGCCUCUUUGUUCCCCUUUUGGCACUGCCCUCUGGUAGAGGCUCCAAGUCUUAUGUCUUGGACUUCCUCACACUCCACACAGCACAGACACUUGGUCUUCAGCCUCCCAGCACCAGGGAAUGCCCUAAAGCCAAAAGAACCUGAAAAGGAAAGACCUGGGAAAUGGAAUCGGUAACUGCUUUCUUUCCACCUUAAUUCAGAGUGUUCCUAGAAGUUGCCUGAAGAUCGCAGUGCUAGUGCUAGAUGUGAAAUGUAGAGUUGUGAUUCUGAAGCCUUACAGGGGAUGAGAGGUAGGCCAGCGAGUGGAGAUAGGUCCAGAAUUACUUUAGGGUGAGAAGAGGGGGACCAUAAUGGACCUGGCUUGAUGCCGACCUUCCUGGCUAUGCACACAGACAGAGUUGACUUCAUGAAUCCUGGUGCUGGCUGAGCCUGGGGUCAUGAGAACUUGGCUCUUGGGGUAGUGAUGCCUGGGCAACUGCAAACUCUCUCCAAAAUGUGUCAGUUCUGCAGAAAUAACACGGGCUGUUAUGUUCUUUGGCCCACCUUUUUUGGCUUCACAAAAGUCUCAGUGUCUAGGAGUUGGCAUUGGGACCUACUGCCUUUCCCUCACUGUUGUAGUUGUUCUGGGAGUGAUUUGGCUCUUUUUUACGCUACCCAAUGAGAUAAAAUGGGAGGAGAACCAGCUAUGGAGUCAGAGUACCUGGGUUUGAACCCUCGCCUCUGUAGUGCAACAGCUGCAGAUUAUGGACAAUCCUGCCCCAUUCCCAUGAUCCGUUGUAAAACAUGGGGUUUUCAUUGGCUGAUUUGCAGAAGUAGAUCACCAGGCCUUUCUUCCUAGCCUGUCUCAGUCUGAGAGCUCUGCUGAAACCUGUUCAGCAUCAUAGCAACACGCAGGCUUCUGUUGACAGACAGGUGGUGGCUGCAUAUAGGUGCAUUGGCUAGGAGUUGAACCCAGGCCUCCCGCAUGAAAGGCAAGAACUCCACCACUGAACUACCAAUGCUGCUUUUUCUUUGUAAACCGGGGGUAAUACCUACCUCAGACAGUCCUUAUAAGAUUUGAACAAGACAGAGUAAGUUAAGGGCUUAGUUCUCAGCAGUUCAUGAAUGACUUCACUGUUUCUAAGGUCUGGGUUAUUUUGCCCUAGCCCGAAUUUUGACAAGUGAUUUUGGUAAAAGAUAUGAAGAAACGAAUUGCUUCAAAUUCUUUUUUAAAAGAAGAGAAAGUAAAUUUAAAUAAUCAACAAAUAUUUAUUGAGCAUUCUGCCUGGGAGUAAAAAAGACUGUGAAUGAUUCUUCUGGAGGUUGAAAGUACUGACUUGGUCGAAAUAUUUGAAUUCUGUCUAGAUUUCAAUUAUCCUUCCAUUUCCCAAUAGCAGCGCUAGUCACUAAUUGAGAAUUUACUGCAGAUGAAACAUUUGCUAAUUCUGGAUCUAGAGCUGCGGAGGAAAACAAAUACAGUCUAUCAGUUGUCUGUGUUCCCAGAAAUGAGGGGACUCAUGAGUCACUGAGCUCAUACAUCUAGCACUUUCGUGGAGGCUUUACAUUCUGUGCACAAAGACAACACAGUCAAAAGGGAGAGGCAGCUCGGGGGCCCUGCUUCCUUUUGGGACAUACCCUUCACCUCUGGGACAGAGUGUCCCCGUCAAGGAAAUGAAUAUAUGGACCCUAUCCAAAAAAAGAAAAAAACAAGCCCUUUGCUAUGGAGUUGAUUCUAACUCAGGGUGACCCUUUCUGUUACAGAGUAGAACUAAACUGCAUGGGGUUUUCUUGGCUGUAAUCUUUAUGGAAGCAGAUUGCCAGGUCUUUCUUUCACAGCACUUCUGGGUAGGUUCCAACUGCCAACCUUUUGGUUAGCUGCCAAAUACAAACCAUUUACUCCACCCAAGGACCUUCCAUGGACCCUGUCAGAGGCUUUAUUUUAUAUUGUGGACAUCAGGUGCAAAGAAUUCAGUUAAUCAUAUUCCUUGUUCUGUGAUACAGUUUCUGUCUCUAUCAGUCCGUCUAGGUCUGAAUAGACAGAUUCAGCGAAUUUGUACAUAAUGCCAGGCACUUCCUAUGAGCCAUGCACCACUCAGCACUUUGAAAAUACCUCAUUUAAUCCUCAUAACAACCUUAUAAGGUGUAUAUCAUUAUUAAGCUCAUUGUUUCAAUUAUCUGUUGCUGCAUGACAAAUCACCUCAAAACUAAGUGGUCUAAAGCAACCAUUUUAUUGUAUCUCACUGGGUUAAGUAGGCAGUGCCUCUUCUGGUCGCACUUGGGCGUCUCACGUUAUUGCGGUCAGAUGGCACAGGUGCUCCUCCAUGGGGCCUGUCUCUCUGCAUGGCAUCCCAGCUUCCAGGGCCUUGCUUUGUCCACUGAUCCAAGAGGGAAGAAGCUUCUGGUCUGCUUAGUGACUCUGUUUGGAAGAUGGGGCAUGUCACCUGCAUUCUAUUGGUCAAAUAAUCACAGGCCCCACCUUUUGAUAUAGGGAGUAGAGGAAUUAUUUGGAGCCAUCUUUGGAGAUUAGCUCCCAGAUCCUUUUUACCGAUGGGGAAACUUAACCAGAGAGGUUAAGCUACUCACCCAAUGUAACAAAGCUAGUAAGGGGCAAAGCUGGGAUUCAAACCCAGCAAUCAGGCCCUGGAGUUCAUGCUUUUAAUCACUGAGCUAUGCUGCCUGUCUGCUUCUUGUUUUAUAAUAUUUUUCCCUUCAUCCCUAAUCCCCACUCACCUCUCCUUCCUCUGUUGGUGCCCACUCUAAUAGGUUUUCUUAUACUGAGUAGGUAUGGAUCUUUGCAAAACACGUUUUCUGAAUAUAUGUCUUAAUUUAUAUAAAAGGUAUUAUAUUUUUAUUAGGUAUUACUAUAAACCUCAUUAAUUUUUCUGUUUUUACUUAACACUAUUUUUAAGACUUCUCCAUGCUGUUGCAUGUGUAUCUAGUUCAUUGCUUCCAGUGCCUGUGUGGGAUUCAAUUUUAAUUUUCCACUCCCUAAACCUUCAACUUUGAUCCCACUAACAAUGCUGUGAUAGACAUCCUCUUUAUGUGACUCCUUAGGAGGGGUUGGAGAGUUUCUCUGGAUCAGUAUCCAUCAAUGAGAAUGCUGGGUUAUCGGAUAUAGACAUUUCAUUAUUUUCGUAUUGUUCUCUAAACAACCAAAAAAACCCAAACCCACUGCGGUCGAGUCGAUUACCAACUCACAGCGACCCAAUAGGACAGAGUAGAACUGCCCCUAUAGAGUUUCCAAGGAGCGCCUGGUGGAUUCCAAGCACCGACCUUUUGGUUAGCAGCCGUCGCCCUUAACCACUACGCCACCAGGUUUCCAUUAGAAGGCCUAUAUGUACUACUUUAGACACCCACCGAUAGUAGUUGACUUUUUCCAGUUCUCUGCAUUCUUUCCAACAUCAAAAAAAAAAAAAAAACCCGAGCCAGUUGCCAUGGUAUUGGUUCUGACUUGUGGCAGUGCCACAUGUGUAAGUAGAAAUAUGUUCCAUGGUGUUUUCAAUGGCUCAUUUUUUGCAAGUAGAUCACCAGGCCUUUAUUCUGAGGCACCUCUGGGUGGACUAGAACCUUCAAUGUUUCAGUUAGCAACUGAGCACAUUACUAUCUGCACCACCAGGGAACUCCUUUCCAACACUCACUGUUAUUUAGUUGCUCAUUUUAGCAAAUCUGAUGGUAUAAACCUGUGUCUUUUUGCUUGUAUCUGCUCAAAUUUACAUUUUGCUAAUUCUAGUGGGGCUGAGCAUUUUUAAAACACUUCUUAGCAGUGUAGAUUUCCCUUUCCCAUUUUCAUAUUGGGAUCUGUAUCUUUUCCUUUUUAGUUUCCCUAGUUGGUUUGAUGCACUGCAAAAUCUGUCAUUUGUUCAACUCUUUCUUAACUUUGUGUGUGGUGUGUUUUGUUGAACCGUAAUCCUUAAUUUUGACAGUCAAAUCUGGUUCCAUGUGGUUUGUACUAUGGGAGGUCUUACUUAAAUUUAGGAAGUCCUUUCUCAUUCCAAGAUUAUAAAUUAUUCCCCCACAUUUUCUUCUUUUAGCUUUAUAGAUUGACCUUUCACUUCUAGGCCUUUAAACUGUCUGGAGUUCAUCUCUGUAUAUGGCAUAAGGUAAGGGAUCCAACUUUCUCUCCUUGUUGCAGGCAUUUUUCCCAUCACUACCUACUAAAUAAUCUCCCUUUCCUCAUGCAUUUGUGGUAUCACCUGUAUCACAUAUCCAAACCAAAAACCGUUGCCAUCAAGUUGAUUCCAACUCCUAGUGACCAUAUAGGACAGAGAACUGCCCCAUAGGGUUUCCAAGGCUAUAAACCGUACAGAAGCAGACUGACACAUUUUUCUCCCAUGGAGUGGCUGAUGGGUUCAAACUGGCAAACUUUCAGUUCUCAGUCGAGCACUUAACCACUGCACCACCAGGGCUCCUUAUCACAUAGCCAUUUCCAUGUAAACUUGGGUCUGUUUCUGAGUAGUCAAUUUAUGGGUUUAGUUUAUUCCUGCAUUCCCUCACUGUUUUUCUUAACAUGGCCUUGUAGUUUGUCUCAAUAUCUAGUGGUAUGAAUGCCUUCCCAGUUCCCUGCCUACUUUGCUCUUUUUUCAAAAUUGACAUAGUUAUUUGUGGACAGACUUUUUAAUAUUCUGUGUAACUUUUAAAAGUUCCGUUAAGCCAUUUAUAAGGUCCUGAUGGGAUUUUUAUUUCAAUUGUAGUGAAUAUAUAAAUUAUUUUCAUAUGAAGUGACAUCUUACAAUUUUAAACAACCCCACAUGAUGGUCAGAGUGUAUCACUAUUUAUUUAGGUGUUCUUUUGUGUCCUUCAAUAGAGUUUUAAUCUUUAUCAAUAAAAUUCAUGUGCUUUGUUUAAUUCCCAAAUAAUUUGUAGCUGUUGUUGUUAUUGUGGUCCUUGGUGGCACAAACGAUUUGCCCUUAACUGCUAGUCUAAAGAUUGCCAGUUCAAACCCAUCCAUCUGUACAAGGGAAAGGCCUAGCAAUCUGUUUCCAUAAAUAUUACAGCCAAGUGAAAGAAGGGACAUUACAGCUGACCGGAUAGGAAUAAAAAGAACCAUAACAGGAUAUUAUGAACAACUGUACAGCAACAAACUGGAUAACAUAGAUAAAAUGGACAAAUUUUUAGAUGCACACGACCUACCCAAACUGACUCAAGAGGAAAC